AGGAGGAGGCCGGCCAGUCAGCCAGCCGGGCAGCCUCGAAGUGCAAAUUCCUCCGCCGAGCGCGCCAUUGACUGGCCCCAGCAAACUUCGCGCAGGCGGGCGGGGACGCUUCCCCGACAACGCCGCCUCUCCCUCCCGCCCCCCACCCGCCGGCCCGCCGGCCGCUCUGCCUGCCUGGCGAGCUUCGGUUCAUGGUGAGAGCCUCGGGGCGGGAUGCCUGGGAGGUGAUUCUCUUGUAGCCGGAGGCAGCGCUUGCGAGGCGGCACCGGGCGUCGGGCCGCGGCGGCUUCUGCUAAACUUUGCCCUCUGGAGCGCGCGAGGGCGGCGGCGGCGCCGCCUCUCCUCCUCCUCCUCCUCCCGCCGGCAUGGAGAGGUACGAGGAGGGCUUGGGGAAAGCCAGCAAGUUGAUGGCGGAGCUGGCGCUCUACGACGAGGGGCUCGGCCGCCGCAGGAGAGACCACCAGCCGCCGUCGGAGCUGGACGGGCGGGCCAAGAAGCAGCUGAACGGCGGCGGCGGCGGCUGCACCACGCUGGGCCCGCCGCCGCCGUACCCGUCGGCAGAGGCUCCUCAGUCGUCGUGCCUCCCGCUGCGCUCCCUCAACGGCGGCGCCGAGGACGGCUCGUGUCCGCGCUCCGAGGUGGCGCUGCCUUGCUACAAGCGCUACUCGGCCGAAGGCUACCCGCGCUGCAAAGGAGGCGGCGGCGGCGGCGGGGGAGCCAGCCCGCGGGCCUCGACGUGCUACGGUGGCGGCGGCCCGUUGGCCAGCCCGCGGGGCAGCUUGGUAGCCGGGGCCGUCGAGGCGUCUUCGGCGCUGAGCCCGCGCUCCAGCUACGCCAGCACGGCCAGCGACACGAGCAAGCACUCCAGCCCGCGCGCCAGCCUGACCAGCUCUUCCGACGGCGGCGGGGGUGGCAGCGGGAGCAAGCCGAGCAGCAACCGCACCAGCGGCAUCAGCAUGGGCUACGACCAGCGGCACAUCAGCCCGCGCUCCUCCUUGGCCGGCGCCGUCGAGCUGGAGGUGGCAGCCUCAGCGGCUGGGCGCCACGGAACCGGGCCGGCUACAGCGGCGGCCAUGGCGUCGGGGGCCAUCGCGGCGGCUCUGGCCAGCCCGCGCUCCAGCAUCUCCAGCCACAGCUCGCGCAGCUCCCGGGGCUCGAUGGGCGCCUACCCGGAGUUCCAGCUGCCGUCGCCGCGGGCCUCGCUACUGCCCGAGGAGGGCCUUCUGUUGCUGGCUGAGCAGGCGGCGGCGGAUGCCUACCCGAGGCUGCACGCCCAGGCGCCGCCGGUUGCCCUCGGGGGCCCCGACGCCGCCGUCUCCUCGCUGUCCUACGGCUCGCCGGCCGCCAAAGGCGCGGCGGCCGUCUCUAAGUUCCGGCUCCCCUACCAGGUGACGCCGUCGAGGGAGAGCGGGCCCAGCCAGGUGGAGCGGAGGCUGGAGGCGCUCACGUUGGAGCUGGAGAAGGAGCUGGAGAUGCACAUGAAAAAGGAGUACUUCGGUGAGUGCCUUUGCGGGACAGGACUGCGGGGGGGGGGCUCUUCUUGAGACGGUGGCAUUCAAGAGGAAGCAGGCAAGAGGCUCUCCGUAUAGGGCAUGUUCCUAUACGGAGCCUGUGUUGCCUACACAGACUGGCAGCAUCUCUUCAGGGGUUCAGGCAGGAAGUCUCUCCGAGCCCUACCUGGGGACUGAACCUGGUGCCUUCUGCUUAUUUCUUAACGUUUAAUUCCCACAACGGUCCUGUGAGGUAUGUUAGACUGAGAGGCAGUGACUGGCCCAAAGUCACUCAGGGAGCUUCAUGGCUGAGUGGGGAUUUGAACCCUGGUCUCCCAGGGCUUAGUAUUCCAACACAUUAACCACUACACCACACCGGUAGGCCUUGAUGCUUUCUGUCUUUGGUCCAUCAAAUUCAGUAUUGACCCUCCAGGGUUUUCCAGGCAAGGAAUUUCUACCAACCACAGCUGGAGAUCCCAGGACUUGAACCCUGAACCUUCUGCAUACAAAGCUGGUGCUCUAAAGUGUGCUCAUUUUUUAAAUUUGCUUUUGUGCGUGGGGGUGUAAAUCCAGCAUAGGGUCUUGCUAGACUCAUUUGCAAUUCACUCAAAUCCUCUUCAAUUAAAAUAAUAAGUGGGUGCCUCCUGAGGGCGGCUUCUGUCGCGCAAUCCCAGCCAUGUCUAGUCAUGGUAAUUCUCAUUGAGAGCGUGUGGCUGCAAGCAUGUUUCUUAAUUUCACAUUAAGUCAAAUGAAUCAGUUUGGGGUCAUAGUAUCAUCAGCUGUGUUUGUUCCCUGCCCCAUGGUGCUUACAGUCUAGGCUUUGAUGCAGCUGGGGGGGGGGGGAGAAGAGAGGAGGAUAGCAGAAGGUGAGAGUAAGCAAAUGCAAGCUUAGUGCUUAGAAAAUGUUUGGAACAUGUUGCUCCCAUUUCUGACUACCCGCAUCCUUGUGUGCCUUGUUCUUGCCCAGGCAAAUCUUGCAAAGGCUGCAGAAAUUCCUCUUCCUUAAUUCUUAGGUGCCGGAAGAAAUGACUGUUGCAUUCCACUGACUUUCUUCAGGGUUGCUGACUUUAUUUACUUAUUUGAAAUGUUUCACGUUUGUGUUUUGCUGAACAGAGACUGAAGCUACAGUUGGGUGCAAAUAUCUACUUGCAUGCUUGUCUUUCGGCAACCAGCAAGCAGAUCUUUUGUUAGCUGGAUGAGAAUUUGUUGUCCCCCCCCCCUUUUUGGAGCUGUUGAGGCAUAAACAUACAAGAGCAGGUCUGCAAAGGCUAACAGCCGGCUUCAAGUAAAUAAGCUGAGGGCUAGGAGCACCCAUGAUUUAUUUGCAAGGAUGUGUGAUAAGGGACUGAUCAAAAGAGGUGCUCCUGUCAUCUCCAAAGGUCACCAGGCUUCAAGUCCUUCUGUGGCCAGAUGGAGAAGGGAUUUGUGUAAAACCACAUUUAGUGCAUUCAGGGGUGUAGUGGUCAUUUCCAAGGAGUGGGAACUCUGCAUGACAACCCCCAUAGCCACAGCAUAAAUUAUUAUUGGUGGUAAUGGUAGGGGUAGUAGUAGUAUCAUUAAAUUUAUUACCUGCCCUUCACCAGAGUCCUGGUUGCAACAAUUUAAAAUUCAGAAUUAAAAGCACAUAAAACAUGCUACAUUCUCCAGAAUAGGGUGGGUCCAACUCUUGGAAGCAGACAUUUCAGGUGUCAAAGGUCAGGGGUAAAGAAGUGCAUCUUCAGCAUUUGCUGAAAGCUAUAUAAUAAUAUAAAAGGGACGUGGGUGGCGCUGUGGGUUAAACCACAGAGCCUAGGACUUGCCGAUCAGAAGGUUGGCAGUUCGAAUCCCCGCGACGGGGUGAUCUCCCGUUGUUCGGUCCCUGCUCCUGCCAACCUAGCAGUUUGAAAGCACGUCAAAGUGCAAGUAGAUAAAUAGGUACUGCUCCAGCGGGAAGGUAAACGGUGUUUCCGUGUGCUGCUCUGGUUCGCCAGAAGCGGCUUACUCAUGCUGGCCACAUUACCCGGAAGCUGUCUGCGGACAAACACCGGCUCCCUCGGCCAGUAAAGUGAGAUGAGCGCCGCAACCCCAGAGUCUGUCACAACUGGGCCUAAUGGUCAGGGGUCCCUUUACCUUUACCUUUAUAUAAUAAUAUAAAUAGCUAUAUAAAGCUAUUUGCCAUCACCUCCUGGCAAAUAGAAGGGGAAGAAAUGGAGUGAGAGAUUUUACUUUCUUGGGCUCCAUAAUCACUGCAGAUGGUGACAGCAGUCACAAAAUUAAAAGACGCCUGCUUCAUGGGAGAAAAGCAAUGACAAACCUAGACAGCAUCUUAAAAAGCAGAGACAUCACCUUGCCGACAAAGGUCUGUAUAGUUAAAGUUAUGGUUUUCCCAGUAAUGAUGUAUGGAAGUGAGAGCUGGACCAUCAAGAAGGCUGAUCGCCGAAGAAUUGAUGUUUUUGAAUUAUGGUGCUGGAGGAUACUCUUGAGAGUCCCAUGGACUGCAAGAAGAUCAAACCUCUCCAUUCUUAAGGAAAUCAGCCCUGAGUGCUCAUUGGAAGGACAGAUUCUGAAGCGGACAGAUUCCAAUACUUUGGCCACCUCAUGAGAAGAGAAGACUCCCUGGAAAAGACCCUGAUGUUGGGAAAGAUGGAGGGCACAAGGAGAAGGGGACGACAGAGGACGAGAUGGUUAGACAGUGUUCUCAAAGCUACCAACAUGAGUUUGACCAAACUGCGGGAGGCAGUGGAAGACAGGAGUGCCUGGCGUUCUCUGGUCCAUGGGGUCAUGAAGAGUUGGACACGACUAAACAACAAAUAUAGUAAAGGUGCCAGGUGACCUCUGCGGGGAGGGAAUUCCACAAUCUAGGGGUUGCUUCAAAGAAUGCCCUCUCCUGGGCCACCCACAAUUUUUUGAGCAAGAUGGAAGAAAUGAACUUGUAACCAACGCAGUGAGGCAUUCUGGAUUCAACACCAAACAAAAUCUCCCCUCUGCCCGCUGCUUAACUUUCACAACUCUGCCGAAGAACUCUGGUGGGCUCAGAAGCUUGCUCACUAUUAUAAUGUUCUGGUUGGUCAUAUUGAAACUUUUCAAAGUACAGUGGUACCUUGGGUUACAUACGCUUCAGGUUACAUAUGCUUCAGGUUACAGACUCCGCUAACCCAGAAAUAGUACCUCAGGUUAAGAACUUUGCUUCAGGAUGAGAACAGAAAUUGUGCUCCGGUGGCGCGGCGGCAGCAGGAGGCCCCAUUAGCUAAAGUGGUGCUUCAGGUUAAGAAUAGUUUCAUGUUAAGAACGGACCUCCGGAACGAAUUAAGUACUUAACCCGAGGUACCACUGUAAAAGUGAUGGUUGGGCCUUUGGCCGUGCAUGCCUCUUCUUUUGCUUAGCUUAGUUGGUGGUUUUCUUUCUCACGUGCAAAAAGCUUAUGUGCCGGGCAGGGGAUUGGCAAAUGGUGAUCUAGGCAAUGAUAUUGCUGCCCCUGCUGUGAAAUUGGUGGCAGUGCUUUGUCCCUAACCUGCUGCACUGCUGUGUGAGCUGUGCAGGAGCCACUUUUGGCCUCUGCUAUAAGAGGCAUGCAGGCUGAAAAGUUGCAGGGCUUCAUGCCUGCCUGGCCUGGUUGCCUGUGCCACUGCUGCUCUGCUAAGUGAAGGGUCCCUAACCUGAAGCAAGGUGAGGCUUGGGGCAUUUGAGGUGGAUUUUGUACUGUAAGCUAACUACACAGUGAAUUCUUCAUGAGUCCCUGGAGCUUAGGUCCUAUACUGAAAGAGGCGGGUCUAAGCCUCUGUGUGAAGUUUUUACAUUUUGCUUUAAAGGGGGGGGGGGCAGGGAGAUUCUUUAAUAUUCACCUGCAUGUACUGUGGAUUAUUAUUUGCAGAAACAGAUUUAGAGGGUGUACCUGAUCUCAGAUAAACCCACCACAGGAAAGAGGCAUCCUGGUUCCUAGGAAGAAAAGGAGGGCAAAUAAAGAGAGAAUCUAAGGAUUAGAAAAUGUGACAUUAGCAGAAUAGAAAAGUACAGGCAACACACACACCAUUUACAGGGGGGUUACGUCCCGGGUCAUUGUGCACAUCUGGAGAGUGCAUGUAAGCCCACCCUGUUCUGCCCUCUUCAGGUGCCAGACAUGGCAUGCACGGUGAUGUGUGCAUUGAAUGCUACAAACUGAGAGUUGCCUGCACACUACAGGAGAGAAAAGCACAUCUUUGGAACCCUAGGGAUACCAGUGUGUGGUGUCCAAACAACUCCUCUGUCAGUUACAGCUCUGAUGUCGCUCACUGGCAGGUGGGAGAAGUCAGCCUAGCUCAACUGAACUCAACUCACAGAAAUUGUUUAGAAGGGUACGCAUCCACUUUGCUUCCUAACUCCUUCUAGGAGGGCUUAGAGACCUACCUCUCUCUCUCUUUUUCAUAUAACCUCAGAGUCUGCCCCCCUGCUGGCUUGGGUCCUGGUGCAAUUGCUGGCAGUCCCUCCACCUCCCAAGCGCUGGAGCAGAAGAGAUUUGAAGCAGUGUUUCUCCAUGUCCUGCAGCUCUUGAAUGAAGAUUUCAUGUCCUGCUGUUCACAGUGCUAAAGGGGCGUAAUGCAAGCUUCCCCAACCUAGUGCCCUCCAGGUGUUUUAUGAUUCAUUGAUUUAGACCAUUUGUCUCCCUCUUUUCCGCAAAAAAAGAGGCUUCUGGAGUGGCUUGUAAUACAGUCAGUUAAAGCAAGACAGUCCUUGCCUUGAAGCUUACAAUUGAAAAAGAAAACAAAACACAAGGGGAAAGGAACAAGGAGGAAGAGGGGAGGGAAUCAAACUCAAGCAACAGUUCUAAAGCAGUUGCUCUUACAGCGACCGGCUGGCACAGUUCAAGGGUAGGAGGUGCCUGAUGAAACAGCUUCCCAUCUCCACCACUGAGGUAGCCUGAUGGAAUGAUAGCUUUGGACUACAAACUCCCGUCAUUCCCAGCCAUUAAGGCAUUUCUGAGGGGAACUGGUAGUCUUUUAAUAUCUGGAGGGCACCAGAAUGAGGAAGGUUAGCCUAAGGUAUGGCUGCAAAAUCUGUAGAGCUCUCCCUCUCUCCCUCUUUCAAUGAGGAAAGCAACCAAGCCAGAGAAGACUGUCGUGGCCUGGGGGGCCAGAGGCUAGAUUAGCUACUCCACGGCAAGUGAUGGGGCUGCCUAGACUUGUGCAACAUGAGAAGUCAUGCAAGGUCUUUCAGCCAGGAAUUGGGUAGAUCGGGGCUUGGGUUGGAAGGUUUUUUCACUGUAGAAAGAGAAGUAUUUGCACAUAGAUUGCUUAACAUCUGGAAGUAUAGGCCUGCCUGCAUCUCUUAACGUGGUUCAUGCGGUGAAUUGAGAUGUUGCAUCUUCUGUGGAAGAGUCUCCCUCUGAAUACCAGCUGUGGAGGGCAUCUUGUUGUAUAGUUUAGAUGCAGGGAGCAGCUAAGCCAAAAUUUGGCUUAGUGUGUUGUCCAAACCCGGGAUCAUGCUUAAGCUCUUUCCUCCUUAACCACGAGCUGUAGUCAAAGUUUGUUCUUGGCUGGGAGCAGCUCUCUGGGAGUAUGGCAUGCUUUUGUGGUCCUGGUAAAGCAAGACUACCAAGGAUUACUGUGAUGUAGUCACUAUGUUACUAAUUGUAUGAAACAGGUGUUCUUAAAAAAUGGAUUUUGUUUCUCAUGGAAAAAUAUAGGAGUGGAAAUAUUUUCAUCCUGCGUUGCUGGAUUCUGUGCUGAGAGAUCAAUCCAGUUGACGUGCUGCUUCCUGCAGCUUCCUGCUGGCUCUUACAGAUUCUUUUCAACUUGUGCAAGCCUAAGGUUCUUGGGGGGAAGUGCAUGGCUGAUCCAUAUGUACAAACGCAGUCCUUGCCAGUUCCAGCUUGUUAGGCUGGCCAGGUCAGAACUGGCAGAGAAGAGGAUGCCUUCACCCUGGUAUGGCUCCCCUUUAUUACAUACGUAGCCCAACAGGACAACAGCAAGAACCCACCAACAGCAUACAAAUCAAUCAGUGUUAGAAACUGAGAUAUGAAAGCCAGGAGCUAAAUGACACCUUAAACCUAGGUUAUUGGCGCAAUAACGGAAUGUCUAGGCACACUUUUUUUAUAACAAGAACACAAAGCUGAAAAUGAAUGAACUGCAGCUAAAAUGUUAUGUUCAUUUUUCACAUGGUCUAGUCCUUCCCCUGCCCACCCCCCUAAUAUUCUUAAGGGGGUCUUUUCUCCAGUCUUCAGAGAGUAGAUGUAGGCGGGGAGGCAGAAAAAGGUCCUCCUUUCCUUCCACUCUGCAGUUUUAAUCUGAAAUCUUAGGUGCAGUACUGCAUCCAGAGCUCAGAAACUGCUCAUGCUAAUGAAAUUCCCUGUCACAAAAUGCGCCUAGAACAACGGGAGUUUUGAACACUGAAAUCAGUAUGGCUAAUUUGACCCAACAAUCCCCUCCGCCCACAAGCAGAUCUUAGUGCAGCCAACUAAAGACAAUGCCCUGGGCCUCCUCCAACCUCUCUCACCACCAAGGAAAUAUAAUAAAUAGAAAAAGAACCUACGUGAAGCUGACAUAAAAACCACAUAUACACCAAGUAUUGCCACCCCUCCCCCUUCUCCUUCUGCCCCAACUUUAUUCUGUAUACAACAUUAUUAAUGUCUCACUGCAAAUGUCAAAAAGAUUCUACAACCUGAAAAAGAGACAAGACAUGUUCUUUAAUAAAAAAUAUUUUAAGAACAAAACAAACAAACAAAAACUGGCAGAGAGGGUGACAAAUGCCUCCAUAAGCAAGGAAGUUCCGCCAUCUAGUUUGAAAGCUGAAGUUCAUCCUCUGCUUUAAAAAAAACAACUCCUUUCUAGUUCCCACUCCAUUGGGAAAAAAAAAUCUUAAUUUUAUUCAUUCAUUCAUUCAGCUGAUCUUGUCAGCAUCGCCCUUGAGCCAGUGCCACCAACUGGACUCAUCCCCUUCAGCCCCGACUGGGCUAGGCGAGCUGGGUAGCACUUCCAGAGACCACCUUCUGCACAGGAACAGGUCAAAGUGCUGUGGACUCACAGCUUAGAGAUGUGAGCACCGGAUUCACUUCCACAAUAAGACAGUCGUCGUACAGCAGAGUCUAGCAGAGCAUAUAAACAACUCGGAGAGCAGCUCUGUAGAAUAUCUUCUUUAUUCUAUCUACAACUAUUAUACAACUAUAUACAGAGCUUAAUAGGUCUAAGCAUAAAUGAAUGCUGCUCUGCACUGAGUGUCUGCAGCUGCUCUUAGCAGCAACCUUAUCUGUACACACGAUCUCUAACACUCAGUCUCUCUCUCUCUCUCUGACACUGACUGACUGACUGACUGACUGACUGACUUGGUGCUGGAGCAGAAUAAGUAGAGAGCAGAACACGCCUCCUCCUCUCUGGAGAAUCAGCAGACUCCUCAGGAGAUUCUUGGAUAUGGGAGGGGUGAAAUCUCAGAUCUCCCUCCCUUCCUUUCAAAUGGGCAGUAAAAGAUCAACCAUUAUCCAUUUUGGGGCAAUGUGUAUGGACUGUUGACUCAAGUUCGGGAUUUUUGGGGUGAUGCCACUUCUGUCGACCCAUUUCAGUCUGAUAUCCAAUCCAGUUUUGGGACUGAAAUGGCUUUAGUUACCUUGAUGCCAGGAAUGGCUCAGAGGCUGGAGCACUGAACCACUCAGCAGCUUUCAGAAUUGUAGACCACCUUUUGCCAAUUUGAUGCCAGCCUGAGGAUCUGAACUGCAAAUCUUGUCAGACUCUGCUGAGGCAAUCUGCUGUAACUUUUUCUGAAUUGUCCUGCCAGGCUAAGGGGAACUGUAUUACCGUAUUUUUCGCACCAUAGGACGCACCGGACAAUAGGACGCACUUUGUUUUAGAGGGGGGAGAACAAGAAAAAAAAAUUCUCCCCCUCUCUGCCCAGCGCCCCUUCAGCGAAGUGGCAGGAGGCGCUGUGCAGAGAGAGGGAGAACUUUCCCCCUCUUGUUUUCCCGCUCUAAAACAUGGUGCCGUUUAAGGUGCGUUCAGGCGGCUACCUUGGAAGCCUGGAGAGCGAGAGGGGUCGGUGUGCACUGACCCCUCUCGCUCUCCAGGCUUCAGGUUCCUGUCGACCUGCUCUUUGGGGCUGACGGGGGGAAGCCCACCACCAGCCCCAAAGAGCAGGUCAGGGAGCAGCGGAAAGGCGCAGCGGAGAGGCUCCUGCCAUAGCCGUGCGUCACCUCUCCAGCCGGGAGAGGGUCGCGGGGCUAUGGCUUCUUUCGCCCCGCGCGCGCUCUCCCGGCUGGAGAAGUGACGCUCGGCUGUGGCAGGAGCCUCUAUAGCCGCGCGUCACCUCUCCAGCCGGGAGAGGGUCGCGGGGGGCUGCUUUAGCCCUGUGAGUGCUCUCCCGGCUGGAGAGGUGACGCGCGGCUAUAGAGGCUCCUGCCAUAGCCGCGUGUCACCUCUCCAGCCGGGAGAGGGUCGCGGGGCUAUGGCGUCUUCGCUCCAUAGGACGCACACAUAUUUCCCCUUCAUUUCUGAAGGGGAAAAAGUGCGUCCUAUAGAGCGAAAAAUAUGGUACAUUGAUUUGCUCAUAGCAAAUGCCUUCCCUUCUCUCCAAGGAACUCAAAAGUUAUCCCUCCCAAGUAUAUCCUCGCAACAAUCCUGUGAGGUAGGAUAGGCUGAGAGCUAAGGUCACCCAGUGAACUUUGUGACUGACUAGGAAAUUGAAUGUGGGUCUCUCAAGUUUUAGCUCUAGUUGGUAUGCUAUUUGCGUUGCUUUCUAAACGUUAUUAAAUUUGUUUUGGCUGUACUUCUGUGUGGGGCUGCCCUUAGAAUAUUGUUCUUUGAGGUCACCUGAUGGGUUGGUUUCUGAGGAACUGAUUGGAAAGCCGGGGGUGCUUUUCUGCUGUGGCCCCUGAUGACAGGACUCAUAUAUGGAAUCCUCCUUUCUGGGAAGUCAAGAUGGCCCUUCACUCUGUCAGGGAUUCCUCAGUGUGAAUAUCAGUUGAGAGCAGACUGAAUUCCCUGAAUGACAGCAUCAAUUGGCCCCUUAAUUAUUUGACUAAAUGGCCCAUGAAACCUAGAAUGCCACCUCGUAGGUGGUAGCGUGUGUCUCUUGUGCUUCACAGUGGUACCAUUUGUGAGGUAAGCUGCUCUCCCUACCCUUUCCCCACAUCAUUUCUGAGGAGGCAGACUAUAGGGAGGUGGAUGGAAGCCUAGGGCUCACCAAGGGCCUCCAUCUGUUGUUUUGGCUGUGUACCACUUCAGAAUGUAGGUAGGGGCUUGUGUGUUGGGAGGGCUGCCCUGCAGGAAAGGAAAACACCUACCUACCUACCUACCUACCUACCUACACACACACACACACACACACACACAUACACACACACACCCAAAUUAGCAGGUCAAAGAGAAUUUUCCUCCCUGACAUGCUAGUCUUCCAUAUGAAAGGAUUUUAAAUACUGUUUGGAGGAGCAUUCCAUCUUGUGGUUCUCCCCCCCCACCCCACUUGCUGCCUGAGGUGGUACAGAACAGACACAGGUUUUACCACCUUCACGAGAAUUAGGAAAUCAAAUGUUCCUUCACGUAAUCUUUUAACAAUGUUAUAAAAUGUAAUGGGACUAUUAGAAGCAACUUUAAUUUUCAUUGUUUCACAAGAUUGGUUGCUUUUGUGGUGAACAUGGGUGCCAAGCUUUGUUGAUGAUUAAAAUACUCCUCCCCCGCCACACAUAUGGGUAAUAGUUUAAAAAAUAUAUGAUCAGCUGAAUAACUCAGUUGGUUAGAGCAUAGUGCUGAUAAUGCCAGGGUUGCAGGUUGAAUCCCCGUUUGGGACAGCUGCAUAUUCCUGCAUUGCAGGGGGUCGGACUAGAUUGUGUGAUUCUAUGACCCUAUGACUGGUCAGUUGACCAAAUCCUUUAUAAUUGGCCAAAUGCCAAGCCCCCCUGCGUGCCCAUCACAUCUUCCCCUAUAUUGCUGCAGUUAAAGGAGAUUGCUUGGUAUUCUAGUUUAGGCUGUAACCCAAGUUCACAUGGGGGCAGUGAGGGCAUUCAAGAGCAUGCAUUCCUUGUUUUUGUGUUACUACCUAUUCUUAAUUGUUUUAUAUGUAAAUUGCCUUGAGAUGGUGGUUUAGAAGGCAAUAAAUGAAAUAAUAAACAUUAAUAAACAAGUGUGAAGAAGCAACAGCUGGGGUUGAUGGCAGCACAGCCAUGCUGAUGGGAGUUGUAGUCUAAAACCAGAGCACCAGGUUUGAUGGUGGCUGAUCUUUAGAGAGUGCAGGACUUCAUGGCAAACAAGUAUCUGUGGAAAGUAUGCCCUGGAGCUAAGUAGAUUGAAUGCCAUUGUCCCAGGGCAGGGAGAACCUGUUCUCAUAAUUGCCUCCACCUUAAUCAGACUGCUAUAGCUUUAAAGCUGCAGUAUAAACCUGCUUGGGUUUUGGCUUUUCAUCAGUUGCAUGAAGGACACAUGUAGGCUUUCUAUACCCAUUUGCCCUAGGUGUCUCUAAGUAAAAUAGUCAAAUAUUUCCUUGGAUGUAUAUGUCAGCAAUAAGCAACUGUACUUCCUCCCUUCUUCCUGCCUAGUUCUGAGAAGGCAGGAGGUAAGAAAAUGGGUGAGGGGUCUAGUGUUCCUAAUGUUUACAGUAGGGCUCAGUCUGUGUCUUGUAAGUGUGGCCUUUCAUGAUGGAGAGGAGAAACUCUUGCACAUGUAAAGAUAGCAUGUAUAGGAUAAUGGGUUCUCCUGGCAUGCUAGUCUUCCAGAUGAAAGGGCUUUAAAUAGGUAUUUGGGGGAACAUUCCACUAUGUAAGUCUCCACUUGCAAUCAGAAGUGGUACAGCCCAAACUCUGGCUUACUGCCUUCGUGAACUUGGAAAUUAAAUGUUAUUGGCUGCAGUGAUGGGUCACAGAGUGGUUCUGUGGCUUGCAAAGUGUGAACUCUUGGUUAACUCUGAAGAAUGACUGGUGCAAAAUCGGCAAUGGGAGAGAGACUGGCAGCCACACUCCUUGCCCCAGGUAGAUCUUGCUUAGCUGGCUAGAAAACAAUGACUCUGGCAGGCUUUUGGUUUCAUGGCUGGUAACUCAGAGCAGAGCUUGUCAAUCUGUGGGCUGGGCUUUGCUAACUGUCUGUUACUGGCUGUGUCUCGGCUGGCUGCAUGUAUCACAAGAAUAUAUCUUGCCAGCCUUGGCAUGUUGACUCAUCCUCCCUGUAGGUCCAUCUCCAGAGAUUUCAGUGUUUCCAAUUACUGUGUUUUGUGGAAGCCAUGCAGCUAAUUCUGCAAUCAAGCAAUAUACAAACACUGUUAAAUAAGAAUUAUAAAAGCAUUCUGGUAGCAUUCUGAGUUUUGUGGGAUGCUGCUGGUAUUCAUUCUGUGUCUGGAAGAGUAUCUUGGCACCAGCUAUCCUUUCCUUUCCCAAGGGAGGAAAUUGCUGGGAUGGUUUUCAUCUUGCUGCUUCGCGUGCCAGUUUUGUGGAGGAAAAUGUUGACCUGAUGGUGCAAAUGAUGCUGUCGUUGUGAUCUUCCAAAACAAAUCGUAGUACUGGAGAGAACGCUCGACAGUUGUGUGUACUAGAGCAAAUAAAUUUAAGUGCAGAUCCAUGGAAGCAUUUACUUAAUUAUUUUCAUUUAUUUAUUUAGGGCUUUUUGAAUACAGCCUUAUAUCACAGGUAACCUUGAAGCAGCUUACAUAUAUCAGUGCAAUCGUAAAACUGCAGACCCAGGGGUGAAAGUAAACCUGUCUUGACCAACCUGCUGCUCCCAUCUGCCAGCCAGUACCCUCAGUCAGCCUCACUGGUCUAAUUGUUCCAGUUUCAUAUCUGCUAACACAAGAUUUUGGUUACUUUUUAAAGCAAAGGCUGCUUUUGUUGAAGAAAGUAUUUUUGUGGGGAUCUGACCUUGGUUGACUUGUCUGUUCGUAGGAAAAUGAGAAUCUGCCCUCUAGGCCCAUCUGAUCCAAGUAUCCUGUUCUCACAGUGGUGACCCAAAUGCCUGUAGGAAGCAGGCAAGCAGGACCUGAGCACAUGAACGCUCACUCCUCCUGUGGCUUUCUUCCAGCAAUGGAUUCAGAGCCAUUACUGCCUCUGCCUCUGGAUACCCAGCAUAGCCAUCAUGGCUAGCAGCCAUUGAUAGCACACCUCCCUGAAUUUAUCUAAUCCUGUGGAAGCAAAUUCCAAAGUUUAACUAUGCACUGUGUGAAGAGGUGCUUCCUUUUGUCUGUCCUGAAUCUUCCAAUAUUCAGCUUCAUUGGGUAUCCACAAAUGCUUAGGGAGAAAAACAUUUCUCUGUCCACUUUCUUCGUGCCAUGCCUAAUUUUAUAAACGACUUAUAACCUCACCUGUUACUCUCCUUUUUUCUAAAUUAAGAAGUCCCCAAAUGCUGCAACCUUUCUUCCCUAUGAAGAAAAUCACUGCAUCCCCUUAAUCAUUCUACUUGCUCAUUUCUUAACCUUUUCCAACUCUGCAAUAUCCAUGUUGAGGUUUGGUAUCCAGAACUCCACACAAUAAUCCAAAUGCUAUUGAACCAUAAAUUUGACAUUGGCAGGCCCCCCCCAAUUCCUUUCCUAAUGAUCUCUAGCUUGGAGUUUGCCUUUUUCACAGCUGCUGCACAUUGAGUUUAAAGGUUUAAGGCAGAGUUAACUUAUCACAUCUUACACUAUCCCGUACCUGUAUAAACAUCCAAAAGUUGUCUUAUGGGGAAUUAGUCUAAUAAUCCAUCUAGAUCAGACUCACCCACUCUGACUGGCAGCACCUCUCUAAAGCCUUGGGGGCUUUCUCAUGCUCUGCCUGCUUGAGAAUUUAAAAUGGAGAUGCUGGGGAUUAAACUGGAUUAUCUGUGUGCAAAGUGUGUGCUCUGCUGUGGAGCUACAGUCUUUCAUCACGUUUUCAUAAUGUGGUCUGCAAACCUGUUUUAGGGGGCUAUACUGAAGGUAGGUGUCACUAUGGAGAAUGCCCUACUCUGCUCCACUAUGAGGUGGGUAUCUUCAGGCCAUGUUAACAAGGCCUCUUAUGCAGAGCAGAGACUGGUCUGGUCUGGAGAAGGCAUUCCCAUUGAUCCUGAGCUGCUGUCAGUACUUUGGUUGAAUUAAUUCAAUAUGCUAUGUUAAAUACUGGGUGUUGGCCUACAUAGGGGAGGUAAUAUCCCAGACCUUUCAAGAUACAAGACUUGGAUCUGGUCCCACUCUCCAUGCUGUCCUUGCACAUGAGAGGAUCUUCAUAAAGCAGCCUUCCAGCCACCUGUCCUGAGGUUUUGGACUUCAACUCCCAUUAGCCCCCAUCAUGGCCAAUGGGCAGGGAUGGAGAGAGUUGUUGAUUUCAGCAUCCGAAGGGCACCAGGUUGGGGAAGGGUGCCAUAAGCAAUAGUACAGCCCUACCACUCCCCUGGGUAUGAGUACUUAGAACACCAGGCUGCUCCUGUUACAAGGAAUGGCAGGCAUGCAGGCUUAGUCAUGGCCUGGUGUGCUGAAUGCAGGCCUGCUGUGCCCUAUGGGAUUCCUCUGUGUGCAAGUGCCAUGUCUGUGGUGGACUGGCUCAAACCUACAGUGUGCAUGUGGUGUGGCAGAUCUGGCUUCUCCUACUGGAGUGCUUUUUUCCUGCUGAUAUCUCAUUCCAUCUUUUUUAAUAAUAAUAAUAAAAUGAAUUCUGUUAGAAUGCAUCCAGUAAUGGAAUUGGUAGUGAGAGCCAGCAAACACUGGGAAAAGAUGCUCUAACCCAUCAGGACAUUUUUUUUAAAAACACCAAACCGCUAAGCCCAGCCCUAUCCCAACAGUCAUGUGGUUUCAUUUAGCAAUCAGCCAAAGCUACUGUGUUUUCUUUGUGUCUUGAAAUAUCCUUUAUCUGAAGAAUAACAUAACUUGGGAUGUUUCAAACAUUUGGACUGUCUACAAGGAAACAGGAGGAGGGCAUCUCCCAAGAAGAUCAUCUGACUGUGUCAGGGUUGUUGUUGAGGUUUUUUUAUUUUAUUUUUGAAAAAUAAAAAACCUAAGUGGUUUGCUUUCCUUGACUUGCUGGAGCCAGGAAACAUCUCUGUCUCCUGGGAACAGUGUGAAGCAGAGGAAAAUACAUGGGGUGUAACCCAGUUGGAACCCUAUUCCAGGAAGCAGAACAGCUGUCAAAGGAUUUAGAAUGGUUAAAUUUAUGUGGGAGCUGAUCUAAUAUGAGGAGUCUGCCCUAGGAAUCUGGGCUCAGACCCCCACCCUAGCAAAGGAGCCGUGGGGCAUGUUUGUCAUCAGUAGAUGGUAACAUACAGCCUCCCCAUAGAAUAUAUGAUGAUGGGCAGCUGUAAACUAAUUGUGGUCUCUGCGCAUUGGGCAUGCCUUGUGUGAGUGAGUAGCUUGCUUACAUAUCUGUAGUGUCAAAUUUAACAAAGGAGGGGGACAAACAAAGAUUUUUAAAAAGACAGGAAAAACAUCCUACACAGUGUCAGUUAACACUGAUAAUGCAAUAGCCACCUGAAAUGAUACAUGUUAAGGUACAAGCACUCUGGAUGUCCAAACAGUAUAUGCACAUGAAAUUAGUGUUUAUAUGCUGAAAUGUAGCAAGGUUGGUGAGGUGCUCAAACCAUUGGUGGUGGAUAUUUAUCCUUCCAGGCUUGAAGCACAAGUCUCUUGGCAACCGUAAGGGCUCACAGUGUCCACUUUUGCUGUCCUGCUGUUAAUCCCCAUACCAUAGGAACAUAGCUUAAAAGUACACAAACAUCUGCAAAUACCAAAUAUUUCACUACUACAAAGUUGAUACAGCCCCCCCCCCCCCGCCGCCACCAUCACAGAGCAAGCAAGUGUUUUAUGAUAACUCAUUGAGGGUUAAAGAAGUAGGAACUUUCAUUUGCUGAAAUAGUUCGAUAUUGAGACCAUGGGAUGUUGUAGUCCCAAAAUACAGAAACCAGACUUGGGCCAGCAUCUAUGCAGCUCUGCUCAGAGUUUCCCCAAGCUGUCUGUGCUCUCAUGAAUGAGGGAGGGUUCUGUGUCCACUCAGGGUGUCAUAAUCUCAAAUUACACAUUGAGAAUGGAGUUGGGAAGGGAAGUAGCUUGUGCCAGAAUUAGAGGCUCCAAAGCUGGUUUAGAUCGUGAUCCCUGGUGUGCUGUUCUAACUAUAACUUCUUUGCAGUUUGGUGGAGCAUGAUUAUCUGCUUUGAGCUUUUGUGGGGGUUGAUGAGGGUAAAGUUGACCAACCUGGGUGGGUGAGUGAGUGUAAGUUUGGUAAGAGCACCAGCAUGGUGUGAUUCUCUGCCAGGCAGCUGUUCCAUCCCCAUCAGCUGUGACUUUCAGAAAUCCUAUGAGUUGCUGGAUUUGUUCCAUUCAUGUUUAUGACUUUCCAACUGCAUUAUCAAGUGUCUAGUCUUGUCCGGGGCAAGUAGCACAGAAGGAGCUUUGACAUUGCCCCUAACACAAAACCAGCGGAGGCUGUUCAUGCCUUCACUACCGAGCCAAGCAAUGUGGGAUGAAGUGACAUUCUUGCAGUUACAGAAUUGAGUACCACUGUAUGUGAAAUGUACUACCAACUUGGAUGGUUGUAAAACAAAAUUGGACAAAUUCAUGCAAUGUAAGGCCACCAUCAAUAGCUGCUACUAGCCAGGACGGCUAUGCUCUGCCUCCAUGGUAAUCAGAGGCAGUAGUAACACUUCAGAGAGAGUACAAGUUGCUGGAAGUCACAGGAGAGGAGAGGGCUCUCAAAGUCAGGUCCUGCUUGCAGGUUUUCAACAGGCAUCUUGUUGGACACUGUAGGAAUAGGAUGCUGGCCUGAUCCAGAAGGCUCUUCUUAUGACUAGCAACAUGGGUGGUUUUUCUGUGAAUUUAUGCAGGGGGUGUGUGUUAGUGGCUAUUUGCUAUGAUGGCUCAAUCAGGCCCUUGCAUUCAGCCAGAGGCCCUGUCCCUGCUUACCAUAUGAUGGGCUCAAACAAGAUGGCAGCUGCCUUAGUCAUGCCCAACUUGUGGGCUUUUCACAGGCAUCUCAAUGGCCACUGCUGGAGAAAGGAUGUGCUGUGCUAGACAGACCUUUUGGCCUGAUUCAGCAGGAUACCUCUUAUGUCAUGAGAAUGGGGCCCAUAGCCUGCAGGCUAAAUGAGGCCCUCCAAUCUCUCCAUCUGGCCCUUGGGACACUCCCUAGGCUACACCCCCCAAAGGCCUUGCUGUGCAACUCCCUCGAGUGCCUUUUCCUUUGCUGGAAUGUGCCCUUGGCACCCACAACUUCUAGACAUUUUGCCCAUUCAUGCAUAUAAAGUUAGUGGAGAGAUAUGUUGCCUCCAGUCCCUGAGCCAGUGCGUGGAUGAUUUUAUUUCAUUCCUAUGGGGAAGAGCAGGAGGCAUCAAUGAGGAAAUAUGAAUUGGGUGGGGAGGUUCAUUAUCUGGUUAGUGUCCUCUCUCUAUUUCUUUAGACCUGUUUUAGAUCUGGCCUCUUUAGACUCCCUUGAGUAAUGGUUUUGUGUGGUGCUUGUGCUGAUGGAAUGGUGGACAUUCUUAGGGCCUUUUCUAGCCUGUGACUCAUGGAAAUUAAUGGACAUUACUAACUCGAGUCUGUUAAUUUAACUGAGUAUUCUCUAACUUCAGUUAGCAUAAGCUACAACCCAGUUAUUGGGACUGGGUGGCACUGCAGUCUAAACCACUGAUCCUCUUUGGCUUGCUGAUCAGAAAGUCGGCAGUUUGAAUCUACACAACGGGGUGAGCUCCCAUUGCUCUGUCCUCCCUUUUGCCAAUCUAGCAGUUCGAAAGCAUACCAGUGCAAGUAGAUAAAUAGGUACUGCUGUGGUGGGAAGGCAAAUGGCGUUUCCUUGUGCUUUGUCUUCCGUCACAGUGUUUUGUUGCGCCAGAACCGGUUUAGUCAUGCUGGCCACAUGACCUGGAAAUCUGUCCGUGGACAAACUCCGGCUCCCUCAGCCUGAAGCGAGAUGAGCGCUGCACCCCAUAGUUGUCUUUGACUGGACUUAACAGUCCAGGGGUGCUUUACCUUCUUUACCUUACAACCCAGUUACAAGCAAAGAUGUACUUGUUCUUGAGUAGUAUGAUCAAUCACAUACAGCCUGAGAACAUCGGCUUCUGCCUCAGUUUGAACUGUACUGCACUAUGAAGUACCAUCCUUUCCUUUAACUGCCGCAGUGCUCAGUGGAAUGGAGGAUUGUGGCCUAUAGUUCUGAGGUUUAAGGAAGAAUUUUAAUAGCUCAUCCCCAGAAAUUCCCAGUUUCCCCAAAUCUGGGUCACCCAUGAGAAGCUACUGGGUCCCCAAGUCUUUCAGUGUUUUAUCUGCUCACCAUCCCUUUAUCUCUGUCAGGAAUGCAGUGUUGUGUUAUUCAGAAGAAGAAACUUAGAUUGCUCCUGAAGCAAAGUUAGUGCCGGCUUAAUAUGUAUGCAUGCUCUGCAUUUUAUUUCUGUUAAGUAUGUUAAGACUCAGAGUCCUAUUUAAAUUAUCAAUAAACGUUUUAUUUAUAUAACUGUAUGUGAUGUUAUACAGUAUAUUGUAGACUUUUUAAAAAGGGCAGGUCCCAGCCACAAGGAUUUUACUUUCUUUAUCUUGACAGUGUGGGACGUGGGUUGGGGAGUGGGGAGGCAGAGGAGGAGAGACAAAAUAACCAAUUUUCUAUAAGGGUUAUGCAAAAUAAGUUAAGACCUUUCUGUGUUUAAGUUCAAAAGCUCUUAACAGGGCCAGACGGUUUCUGCAUUAAUUCUAAGCUGUAAAAACCUGUUCCCUGGUUCUUUUUUUGUCUAAGUGAGCCUAAAUGAUUCUGGCAGAUUAUGCUUUUGUAAUAGAUUUAGAAUAAUUUCACAUUGACUUCCCAUAUUGCUUGAAAGAUGAUGUCCCAUUCUUCUGAUGAGAGGUAUAUAUGCUUAUGAGAUUUCAAUAGUGCCACUUCUGUCCUUAAUUCAGUGGUGGCCCAGUCCAUCUAUGGCCAAGGGACAGAGGCUGGCAUUCUGGGAGGUGAGGGACCUAACAGUCUUCGUUUAAAAAAAAAAAUCUGUUCUAUUUCUAGUAGUUUAAUCCACAUUUUAUUCCCCCGCCCCAUCUCUGAGCCCUACAGCAGUUGGGAAAUCACCUUGGCUUGAAAUGUUUUCAAAGCAGGGGUUGACUUCUCUUACUCUUUUGUGUUGGAGGGGUGGGGGUGGAGGGAAACCUUUGUAUUGCUCCACUCACUUGCUUGGCUAGACUCCCAGUGUGCUUUCCAGUACUGUAUAAAUUCUCUUCAAAGGGAAUACCCAAAUUCUUGCACAUAUAAACUUGUUCUAUUGUGUGCCCAUCUAUGUUUUGGUGAGCAAUGUCCAAAUAACAUUAUUUUGGAUUCAAUAUAAUUAUCUUCUUUGUAAUAUACUAUAAUCUUUCUUAAGUAGUUUCUUCACACCUAACCAGGUAAGAGAUAUUAACACUAGUUUAUCUGCAUACAUUAAAUUCUAAACCUUUCUGCCGUAUGUAACAGGUGAGCCCACAUCCUCUGUUUCCAGUAUAUGGACUAUGUCAUUUAUAUAAUUAUUAAACAGGGUAAUUGCCAUUAGGCAACCUUGUUUUAUUCCUCUGAUAGACUGUUGUUCAAUUUCCCCAAAGUUUCCCUAACUCUUAGGUUUCCACAUUAUAUUUGAACUAACAGGAUGUUGCACAUGUUCAUUUCCAUGUUAUUUGAUUCCAGAAAAUAUCCAUUUGCAGUCCUCUUAACCCUGAAAAUCAUGGGAGUAAAAUAGUGAAAUUUGAGGUGGUAUACCAGCAUACAGUUUUUUCCUGCUGUUUUCAUGGGUGAACAGAAGAAGCGUGCAUGUGUGGAAGGGAUGAGGGUGGGUGACGUUUUCCAGUGAUGUUCAUUAUUGUUUCAUACCACACCCACUGGUGUGGUGAAAUUCAGUGUGACAUGCUGGCAUACUAGUUGAACAGUCCCAGUUUCAUAUCACAAUAGGUACUGCAGUGUGAGAGGAACAUUUGUAAACAGGACGACAGAAGUGCAGAGCAUUAUCAUCAGAAAAACUAAUGCAAUAUUCCCCACAUCUGAAUGCACCCUUAAUUGAUUUAGUAGUAAAAGAUCCUUCUGUAUAGUAGUUGAACUGACACAAAUAAUGUUUGGUCUAUGGUUGUGCCUUAUUCCAAAGACUGCCUCUGUUUACAGUAUGAAAUGCUGCCCAGAACUAAAAAGCUGGAAAACUGCUGCUGCUGUUGUUAAAGCCUAUAACAUGAAUCAGUGUGAAUAUACAAGUUCUACAAUAACCACCAUGAGAGGGUUUUCUAAUACCACAUUUGAGAUUACCUCCACCUGAUCACUUAGGGAGGGUGUGCAGCAGGGUGGGCAGUACAUGCCUGUUAUAUUAUUUAUAAUACACCUUGCUUAAGCUACAUAAUUUUCAACUUGGCAGCUGUUCAGUGCUGUGUUUUUUGGUGAAAUGAAUUGAAAUUGCCAGUGAUCUGCUCCCGUUGGACUAAUGGCUUUGGAAGCAGGGGUAAUGGGCAACAGAUCCUCAUGCCACAGUGUUUCCCAGGAGAGAGAGCACUGUCAAUGAAUUUGCAAAAGGAUGGGCAGCAUCUAGCUGUGUUUGUGAAUGAGCUCUCAAAAGGCAAGGAAAUGGACUUCUGCCAUCUUUGGAAUGAGAACAGCAGAAUCAAAGGGGUUGUUUCUCCUGGCUUGAAAUGUCAGCAGCAGCAGUCAGUCAGUCACUGAUGUGCUCAGAUUCUGAAAGAGUGCAGAUGGCGGCAGCGAGGUGCCAGAGGACUCUAAAAGAGCUGUUUGCAUGGCCAAAAAUAAACUUAGUUAAUAGGGCAAAAACUUCAGCUGAGGCAGCAUUGAGCAGUGCUGCUUGUACACUACUGUGCUCCAGUGUAAUUGUAUGGUGACAUUUCCUGGGCUGUUCUACACAGUAUGUAUUGCAUAUUCCUCUUUGGGAAUUAUAAACACCUCCUUUUGGAAGAUCUCAUUUCCAUUGCUUCCAUUGCUACCUGGGUCUUUAGACAUGAUGGUAGACAUGUGUAAUGUAGUAUUAUUAUUUUCUAAAAUUGUAGAGUGGGGCAGUUUCUAGCAAUACAGUGGUACCUCGGGUUACAGACACUUCAGGUUACAGACACUUCAGGUUACAGACUCUGCUAACCCAGAAAUAGUACCUCGGGUUAAGAACUUUGCUUCAGGAUGAGAACAGAAAUCGCACAGUGACGCGGCAGCAGUGGGAGGCCCCAUUAGCUAAAGUGGUGUUUCAGGUUAAGAACGGACCUCCGGAAUGAAUUAAGUACGUAACCAGAGGUACCACUGUACUUCAAAUACACCACAAUGGUGUAACCAGCCAGAUAAACUACCAACAACAGCAACAUAGGAAUACUAAAACCACAGGGUGCUUUUACUAUUUUACUCCCAACUUCAUGGAACAAGAAGAUUAUUUUGACUUGAUGGUGGAAUCCCUUUAGACUCAUCACCAUCCGUCCUUCCAAGGUUGGGGAAGGACACUCCACAAUGCAGAGAAACACAACAGCGAAAGCUCCUGUAUGUAUCAGUAUAUGUGCCAGUUGCAUGUGCCAAGCUGUAAAGUGGGUUUCAACUGCAGUUUACUGAGUUUAUGAACAUUCAACUUGUAUUGCAGUCAACUGUCAAUUACUCUCUUUAUAACAAGAGUCCACUUAGGAGCAAUGGUGUCAACUGCACAAGUCUUUCACCUCCCACAGAAUGGCUAGGGCUGUUGACGCCAUACCUGAUGGAAACUCCCUAAGGGCUCUUGGGAAUCUGUUGGAUUCAAUUGGCUUCUUGGGAUGGGUUGUUUCUAAUAAGCCCACCACCCCUACAGAAAGGAACAGAACCAACCAGUGUCUUGGUAGCUUUUCCCAGUCAUGCUUUCCCCAAUAUUUCUACCUUAUACUCCUACAAAAGCCCUCCUCUCCUUCAAUAUUCUGACUCUCCCUUGGUGUCCCUUACGCCUAGAACUUCUCCCAGGACAUCCAUGUUCUUUCAGCCUUUCUUCAAAGCCACCUCUUCCAUCCUUCUUUUGGCUGACUACACCUUUGCCCCUCCGCCUCAGCUGAAAUGAAGACCAAGCCCUCUUUGCUGCAUCUGCUAAUUCCGCCAGUGGCCUCUCCUACAGUUGGAAUCUCAAGAUAGGGCCAGUAUGUCUUUGUUUAUGUUAGCCUGAAACGCUCUAUACAUAGAUAGAUGAUGUUGCAAAAUGACACAGCUCUGCCUCAGCCCUACUCCCCUAUGUCUGUGGUGUGCAAGUUCUGUUUUGAGCAGAUAGGCUGAGCCAUGAAUCAUAGAAUUGUAAGGGACUCCAGCCCCCUGCAACUAGAUUAUAUAUGCCAGAUGGCCAUCCAACCUUUGCUUUAAAAACUCCAAGAAAGUAGGGUCCACCACCUCUCAUGGGUCCACUGUCAGAACAUCUCUUCCCAGCAGAAAGGUCUUCCUGAUGUCAGAAUCUCCUAUUGUGUAACUUGAAGCCAUUGUCAGCAUCCUUCUUAAAUUGUGGCACCCAGAAUUGGACACAGUAUUCCAGGUGUGGUCUGACCAAGGUAGAAGAGAGUGGUACAAUUAUUUCUUGAUCUGGACACUAUACUUCUGUUGAUGUAGCCUAAAAUAGCAUUGGCCUUUUUUUGCUGCUGCAUCACAUGGUUGACUAACGUUAAGCUUGUGGUCUACUAAACCUCUGGAUCCUUUUCACAUUUACUGCUGGCAUGCGAGGUGUCCCCCAUCUUAUUCUUACAUUCGUCCGUAUUGCAAUUCAUUUUGUUAGUUGGGGCCCAAUUCUCCAAUCUCUUAAGAUCAUCUAGAAUCUUGAUUCUGUCUUUAGCGGCAUUGGCUACCCCUCUCAGAAUUCAAUUUUUGGAAAUUUAGCUUUUGUGUGUGUUGUGUUGACUUUUCUUUUCUUCUUAAGGAACAAAGGGGGGGAGCAGUUUCUAGCACUUAAUAGUUGCAACUUGCCAUGCUGAAAUACAUGACUGAGAGCCUGUGUGGGAUAGUGCAGUGUUGGGUCCCCAUAUGUUGUUGGACUACAACUCCCGUAAUCUCUGACCACUGGCUAAACUGGCUGGGAAUGAUAGGAGUUGUAGUCCAACAGCUUGUGGGGACCUAAGGUUGGAGAGCACUCAUGUAGUGGUUAGUGUCGGACUAGGACCUGGGAGAAACGGGGUUUCAAAUCCCUACUUGGCCAUGAAGCACCCUAGGUGACCUUGGGCCUUGGGUCACUGCCUCUUAGCUUAACCUACCUCAAAGGGUUGUUGUGGGGAUUAAAUGAGGAGGGGGAGAACCAUGUUGACCACCUUGAGCUCCUUGAAAAAAAAGGUGGGAUCAAAAUGCAAUUAAAUAUAUAACUCCUGGCACCUAUUGAGCAAUAAGAACAACUGGCUUCAUGGGUUGGUAGUGCCUGCUGGUUAGGCGUUUGCAGCUGUUAGCUGGAUUUCUACUGGGUUCUAAUUUUCCUUCUCUCUCUUCUCCAUAGGCAUUUGUAUCAAGUGCGGAAAGGGGGUAUACGGGGCCAGCCAGGCUUGCCAGGCCAUGGGGAACCUCUACCACACCAACUGCUUUACAUGCUGCUCUUGUGGUAAGUCGCGUGCUUUUAUGGCCUCUUGCAAAAAAAUGCCUUAACUUGUGUCCCUGUUGGAUUUUGAGGCCUGCCCCUUGGGGUGCCUUCACUGCGUGCAUGGCAUUUUGAUGAAUUGAAGGUCUAAAUGUGUAAAAUGAAGGCGAAAAUUUGGAAUACUUGGGGAAUCCGCAGGUUAUAAUGGACUGCAAAAGUAGUGAUGUUGUGACUCACUAGAAGUGAGGCGACUGGUGCUCUACUUAACCCAUUGUAGAGCAGAAUACCUGUGGCGGUCAAAUUUCAGCUGGAAAGUGAUGCUUCAUUUUUAUUGCUAUGUUUCAAAAGUGUCUGGGCAGGUCUCAUUACAUGCAGGGGUUACAUUCCUGGCUAUUCUGUAUAUAAGCAAAAUUGUGCAAAGCCAGAAUGACUCCUGGAACUCUAUGUGUCUAAAGCCUGCAUUGAGCAGGCCUUGCCCCCCAUGCAAGACGGGGAGCUUUUUUAAACUGCCCUCCUUGCUUACCAGGAACUGGGAAUGGUGUGCAGUAGCAGACUUUGGGCUCUCAAAUUUCAGCAGUGCUCUGAGACGCCUUAAAAUUUGGCUCUCUCCCUGCUCCCGACCCUUUCUCCUGCUCCAUGCUACAACAUUGUUGUAGCACCCCCUACAGUGCAGCAUUCAGUGCGGCUGAACCAAUCAUGCUACCCUAAAACCACCUCUGAGUUGCAUGAGGACUCUGGAAGGUCCUGUAAGGCUCCAACGAGGUCUUGUGAGAUUUUGUGAGAUCUCAGAUGACCCUUCCAGGGGGUUUCCCUGUUCUUCUAUCCCAUAUAUUUAUUUUCCUGUUAUCAGCAUAAAGCUGUGAUCACGCAUAUAAAAUCAACCUAAGAUGAGAUCUACCUGCACAGAUACUGGAGAAUAUUUAAGGUGAUAAGGGCCUUCUCAGGAGCAGCCUCUCAGUUUUGGAGUACCUUCUGCAGAGGGGUUGUCCCAGCACCUAUUUUAAUGACUCUUUGACACAAGGAAAUUUUUUUUAUUAUUAUUUUCACGGGCCUUUUAAACUCUGUUUUUUAAAUCUGUUGCAUUUUGCUGGGUGGUUGCUGAUAUGGUUGUAUAACUUUGGAGGACUUGCAUGGCUGCUUGUCAUGGUUUGUAGACUUCUCUGAUUUAAAAUGACUGUAUGUAUGUAUGUAUUUAUUUAUUUAUUAUAUUUCUAUCCCUUUUUAUGGGAAAAACAAUUUCAGAGUGGCAUGCAAUAAAACAGCAUAUAAGCAACAAAAUCAAAAUCAAAUGGCAUAAAAUAAAGCAGAUGUUUUAGUGUUAGUGCUUCUAAAAAAGAAUUUUAUUUAUGAGGAUUUGUUGGGAGGGGGGUUGUUUGGUACAAAGAUUUAAAGAAGUUUUUUACAAUUAAAAAUCCAUCCUCUCCCUCGUCUUGUUGAUACAGUUUUACAGUGGUACCUCGAUUUACAAACUUAAUCCAUUCCGGAAGUCCGUUCUUAAACCAAAGCCGUUCUUAAACUGAGGCGCGCUUUCACUAAUGAGGCCUCCCACCGCCGGUGCCCUUCUACCGUUCAGCUUCCAUUCAUAGACCGAGGUAAAGUUCGCUAACUGGAACACUGCUUCCGGUUUUGCGGAGUUUGUAUACUGAAUAGUAUGUAAACAGGGCUGUUCUUAAACCGAGGUACCACUGUACAUGGAUUUUGUGAUUUUUAACUUUUUAAAGCAUGUUUUUUCAUUAGCCAGAGAGCAGUUGUCACUGUGCAUGGAUAAAUGCCCAAUGAGUGAGUGAGUGGACAAAUAAACGAAUUAUUAAAUUGAGGCCACCUGUGCACAUUGCUUCCACCAUACACAUCUCCCUAGUUUUGAUCAGUGUGGCUUUGUGAACCUGGUGCGCUCCAGCUGUUUUGAACUAGAACUUCCAUUAGCCCCAGUCACCAUGACCAUAUGAUGCUGAGGCUGAUGGGAGUUGUAGGACAUCUGCACAUUCCAUGAGCACUGGGCUUACUCGUGUGUAUUUGGUAAGGGACUUAAUCAAAAUGUUAUUGGAAGUCCUAUAUAUAGUAUGUGGAAAAGCCAAAAGAAUGACACACAGUCCUCCUAGAGGAAAGAAAAAUAAGGAGAGGGGUGAGUUUUCAGAUACCUGAACGGUUGGCAGAAGUCAAUAGUAGACCAACGGUUUGCCUAAGACGUUUGUGCUAGUGUUGUGUUUUGAUUAGAGUAUGGGAUUUGGACUGGGGAGACUUGAGUUCAAAUCCUCCUGGUCUGUCAUGAAGCCCGCUAGGUGAUCUUGGGCCAGCCACCCUUUCAGCCUAGCCUGCCUCACAGGGUUGUUAGGAGGAUAAAAUGAGAGGGCAUAGGGAGAGCCAUGAACACCACCCUAAGCUCCAUGGUGGAAGGAGAGGACAUAAAUUACUACAUUUAUAAAGGUCCUGAGCAACCAGGUGGCUGAAUUCUCUUUUUUCUUGCUGCAGGGUUUUGUAGUAAAAAUUAACCUUGAACUGUUAUGACUGCGUUUUAACAGAAGCUGUAAUCAGUUUAUGCUGUCUCUGUUACAAGGAAAUAUUUUGCUGUCUUUUAUUGUUUUUAACUAUUGUGUUGCAUUUUUGAUACCAUAAUAUUUGCGAGCCCCCCAAGGAAUGUUUGUCGAUGGGCAGUCAUAUGAAACUUACUACUAUAUUUAUUUGUUACUGGAUGGCUACAGAACUUUUUGUUUAUAAUGCCCUGGCAUAGGGUCUGCUUGGGUGUGGUUUGUGGCCCUUCUCUCUCCACAUCCAACAAUGCUGUGUUAACUAUUAAUGAAAGGGUAGAUGGAAAAUACAAAAAUUACCCAAGGGAUUGGGUUCUUGCCCCCUCCCCCCUAGCAUGACCUCCCACUUCCCACUGCCUUGAUCAUAUAUUUUUAACAUUCUUAGGAUGCUUUAAAAAAAUAAUCCCACAUUAUGUCAAGCGGUUGUGGGAACUAGAACCGAUGUCGGGACGUGGCUGCAGCUGAGUGGCUGAUCUGAGAGGCUGGCUUGGCGCAAGGCCUGCUCAAACAGCCACCCUUCCGCCUUCUCCAUGAGUUAGCCCAAAGUUAGCUGCAGAGACUUGCCCAUGGGGACCUCUGAAAGAGCACUCCUUGACCCUGGCUUUUGGCCUGAGCUCUGCAUAGCAGUGUUUUUACUUCUGUUCAUUCUUGAAAUCACAAAAUGGAACAAAUGGCUAUUUCUGGCUUAAUGUUUCAGAGGGCCACAGUCUCCUUAAGAACAUUCAUUAUACACCUUUAGGCGCCAGGCAAAAACAUUAACUUUUUAAACCAGGCCUUUGGUUGAUCUGAUUGACAUCCUAUACUCUUUUAAAACGUGGCUCUUUUAGGGAGGUGUUAUUGGGUUAUUUUUAUUUUAUAUAUUGUGAUCUUUUCUGUGAGCCGCCAUGAGACCUCCGGGUAUAGGGCGAUAUAUAAAUUCAAUCAAUAAGAAAGAAAGAAAGAAAGAGAAAGAAAGAAAGAGAGAAAGAAAGAAAAUUGCAACAGAAAGCUAGUUAGCAGAGACAUGAUUGUAAAAGCACCACCACUUUCCUUUUGUUUUUAAACUGUGUAUCUGUUUGCUACCCUGGACUCCUUGGGGAGGAAGGGUGGGGUAGAAAUUCAGUAAAAAAAGAAUUUUAAUAAGAGAGAUAAUAUCUUAAAGCAGUGAUUUCGCCUUGCCCCCCUUCAACUUUCUAAGGGCUGUUUUCCGUAUAUAUUUGGGCUGAGGGACCCCAAGUUUCUGUCAUGCCAUCCCUGCAUGUUUUCGAGGCUUCCGGAUGCCCACUCAGUUCAUGUGGGGCCUAGCUAGGCCUUUGGAGCAUCACUGGCACUCCAUAUGAACUGAACAAGUAGCUCCACUAUGCUCCAAUAGUAGGAUUAGCACUACAGUCGUACCUCUGCUUACAUAUCCCUCUGGAUACGUAAACUUCGGGAUAUGAACGCAGCAAACCCGGAAGUAUUUUUCUGGGUUUCGGUGCGCAUGCGCAGAAGCGGUCCUCCGGAAUGGAUCCCAUUCGCAACCAGAGGUACCACUGUAGUUUCUAGUGUUUGCUGAAAGUGCAGUUUGAGAGUUGCCAUCCUAGAAGUGGGAGGGAUGCAACUGUUGUUUGAGGUCUGUUGGACAUGACAGCCUCUCAGUGCAAUUGCUCUUUAUUCUGUUGCAUUCGAUCCUCCACCUCAAUCCCGGAGAUCCUCUGAUGGGGCACUUUGGCCCUUGGGGUUCAGUUGGCCUUCGCUACGGACUGAGUCUUUAGGGUAACAGUCCCUGCUGCCCUGUGGAACUCGCUGCCUGUAGAGAUUUGUCAGGAACCAUCCCUCCCUUCUUUUUGGAAGGUAAACGGCAUUUCCGUGCGCUGCUCUGGUUCGCCAGAAGUGGCUUAGUCAUUCUGGCCACAUGACCCAGAAGCUGUACGCUGGCUUCCUCGGCCAGUAAAGCGAGAUGAGUGCCACAACCCCAGAGUCGUCCGCAACUGGACCUAAUGGUCAGGGGUCCCUUUAUCUUUAUCUUUACCUUUACCACUUAGGCAGGACUUCUCAUCAUGAACUUUUAUUUAAACCAACCAAUAUCUACUGAUGCUUUACUGAUGCUUUUAGUUAUGUUUUAUAGAUAUUCAUUAACUGAUUUUAUUGUAUCUGGAAAGUCACCUUGGAAUAUUCUGUACAUUUUCAAAUUAAUACAGUGGUACCUUGGUUUGCGAACAGUCUGGUUUGCAUACAUUUUGGAUUACAAACACGUCAAACCUGGAAGUGCGUGUCCCAGUUUGCAAACUUCUUUUGGAUUACAACCCAUUUUUUUUGGGAUUACGAACAAUUUUGGGGGGGAUGCCCCAUUGGCGGAAGCUUGCCUUGGGUUCAACCUGUUUUGGUUUACAAACAGACCUCCGGAACGGAUUAUGGUUGUAAACCAAGGUACCACCGUAAAUACAUUUUGGGCAGAAUCCUGCCCUGUAUGUGCUCAGAAAAUGUUUCCUAUUCAAAGCACACAUAUUCAGCCUCCUUGUCCUGCUCAUAUACUUUCAAGUGCAUUUUCAGAGGUCCAAGAUCUAAAAACAUGCUUUUCUUAAAAUAACAAUAAAAAUAAAUAAUAGCUGAGUUUCUCAAGAUACUAAAUUUGGGCCCAAGGCCAUAUUCUGUUGCUGACAUACAGCCCCUGUGCUUGUUGAUAGUGUGCAAUGCAGCCAACGGAUUUCUAAAAGAAAUUCUAACUGGUCGUACUUUGUCUCAUGAAUAUAGAUAAAAUAUACAGUACGUAUAGUACAUUUGAGGUACCUAUCUACACAUACACAACAUGGACACAUUUUCCUAAACUUUGAAUUGUGAGUGGCAUUUCCUUUGUCCUUUUAGGAUAAUUUCACAAGCCUUUCAUAUCCUUAAAUAAAAUAUGUGUGUCUUGCUACUGUCAUAGGAUGCCUCUCUUUAAAAUUUAAAACUGUGCAUUUAAAAUGAAAUCUGUGUGUGUGAGAGUGUGUGUGUGUGUGUACGGGGAGGGGGCUGAAGAGUGGCAGUGCCUCCCUCUCCCAUACUUAAAUUGUCAGAUUCCAGACUGGGGUGAAGUAGAAUAGAGUGAGUCAGUGACCUCAGCCAAGAAGAAUGUUGCUUAUUUACGUAGAGCUCCUGCUAUUUUACCAGCGAGCCUUUUAUUAUGCAAGGACAAUGUAUGCCAGUUUCUGUAUUUAUUGGCUAAGUGAAGGCUUGCACAUUUUGAGAUUUGCAUCCUAAUAGUUUUAGUAACUAAAUAUAUGCAAGCUCCCUGAAAAAUAGCGCUGUGAGAUUUUUGUUUUGUAUUGCCCCAUUUUCUGUGUUAGUCUUUCUUUAAAGGAUCUCGUGCAAAUAUUGGAGACACUCCUUCUACUGCAAUAGGGUCUGUUUGAAAGGAAAGAGAAUUACGUGUGUUACGCCCCUCCAUUUGUGGGGCUUAUGAGGGAAAAACUGUUGGUGGAUUGUUCCCAGUCUUUGCAAAAUUAUUCCUGGGAUUCAGCUGCUCUUGGAGCUUUAUUUCAUUUUGUUUUUAAAUAGCGACUUUGCCUCCAGUUCCAUCUUUAUUAGGCAGCAGCAAAGAAUUCUAAAAUACUUCAGUGUCUUUUGAUGCAUUGGGGGGGGGGGAGCGGGACGGACGGACUAGAAUGCAAUCAGUUUUAGUCCAGAAAAUGUGAGAGUGUUUGUACAACUUAUACUCCAGACAUUUUUGCCCUCUAUAACAAAAGGUCUUUUCAGCUUUUUCUGGCCUGUUAGUUGGAACUACAAUUCCUUUUUUAGAAAAAAAUAAAUAAAGGUAUGUUUGUUCUCUCUGGAGUGGUGCCACAGGAACCUUAGCAUAACAGAAAAUGUAUGUUUGGGGAUCUGAUCUUGCAUUCCUCCAAGUCAAAAGGGAGUGCAGGUGCAAAAGGGAUUCUGUGUUUGGGAACCCACUACGGAGAAUAUAAAUUGGUGCAGCCAGACCUGUGGUAUCCACUUAGUGAUUUUGGUUUCCAACACUGAUGCAACCUGUGAAUAGCAACUCCUGCCAAGGUGCAGUAUCUCAUUUUGAGAGGAAUUUUGGCACAGAAUUAAUUCUCUCUCAACCUUUGUUUCUGGUACUGGGAAGGUUUUUUGUUUUUUUUAAGGGCUGGUGGGGGUGGGGAGUUCAAUAUGUACUAGGAGACUUGCUUCCUGCAGAUAUCUUGGUUGUAGGGCAGACCUCCCUGUUGACUGGUUCCUUCAGCUAGAGCUUAGCUUUCAAACUUCCUUACCUUUUGGAGCUUUUCCACCUUUCCCUGGAAUCCCUGCAUAUUCUAGAGCAGCCUCUGCCAACCUGUUGCCCUUCAGAUCAUGGGUAGGCAACCUAAGGCCCAUGGGCCACAAGUGGCCCACAGGGGUCGUUUAACUGGCCCACGAGCCACCCCCGAACCGAGCUGCCUGCUCAACAAGUUCCCACACGCUGCGCUAAACCAUCGCAGCGCAGGGACUCGCUUCCGCAGCGCCGGAAAUCGCAUCUGCGCAGGCACAGAUGCCAGAAAUCAUGGGCGCGCACACAAUCCGGCCCUUGGAGAGAUCUCUGCUGGAGUGAACUGGCCCAGGCGAGGUAAACCUUGCCGACCCCUGCUUCAGAUGUUUUGAACUGCCACUUCCAUCUGUUCUAAGAAUCUGCUCAGCUCACAUGAGGUGCUAUAGGCAAGGCAUCUCAACAGGGCAUUGUGUGUGCUGCCAUUCCACAGGAGCCCAGCAAUACAGUGUAAUUAUAGGUGCAGAAUUCAGCUUCUGGAGAAUCUCUGCUUUCAUUCUAAUAAGCAAGUUUCUAAUCCUUGUGGGCUGUAAUGAUACACAGUGAUGGUCUGAGGUAUUUUGCUUCCUGCAGUGAAACCCCAGUUCUCUAACCACCACCUAAGCCAGGGCUAACAGUUUUUUAAACAAACAAACAAACAAACAAACAAAAAAGCAAACCCCGAAUUAAGUAUAAAAAUCUCACAGACAUAAGAGUCCAGACCUCCAACUUUAUUAUGAGGCAGCGUGCAUCUACUGGAUGAAAGAAUGGAUGGAGCUAAGAGAUACCAACAUUUUAGACUUAGAACGUUUUGAUCUAUGCUUUGGAUGGCAUGCAUAUCUGCAUUAUGACAAAUCAAGGGUGCCCAAAGGUUUCCAAAACCAUGUCAUUAGUGAAGUACAUACAUGGUUUGGCAGAGACACAAAGAUCUUUUAGAGAGAAAACCCCCAAGAUGGAUAUCACCAACUGAGGUAGUCUGAGUGACAAGAUUGAACAUGGAUGAGAAGUGGGCCACCUUAUAGAGUUUAGAGAAGGAGGAGAGAGAAGAGAUUUUGGAUCAUACUGUAGAUUGAUUUCUGCACUUUCAGGUGAACGAGAUAUAUAAAAGAGACAAUAAAGAAAAGGUAUUUGCGGAAAUGAGUUCAGAAUUCAAAAAAAUUGCAAUAGGAAAGGGUGAUAAAUUAAUCUUGAAAAUUUAUAAACUGCUACUGGAGUGGGAGACCAAAGAUGAGAUGAUAAAGGUGACAAUGACAAAAUGGGCCAUAGAUAUUGAUUACAACAUAGAAUUGUCCUCAUUGGAAAAAUUAUGGGGGGAAAUCAUGAAUUUCUCUGCCUGUUAUCUUAUUAAGGAAAACCUACAAAAGAUGAUGUACUGGUGUAUUUGACACCCAGCAAAUUAGUGAAAAUUUAUUUUUAAAAGGUCUAAUUUAUUCUGGAAGUGCCACAAGGUAGAGGGAACCUUGAUCAACAUGUGGUGGUUGUGUAAAUAUGCUAGGGAGUAGCAACUCCUGAUUUAUCUUCCUGCCCUGUGAAGCCACCCAAAGGAGGUCUCUUCAGCCUUCCAGAUCUGGAGAGAUGCUUGAAAGGUUCCCAACAGAAGUCUCAAGUGUGGAAUGAAGUUGGUUUGAUUCUUUGUGUAGGGCAUGGAAUUUCCUUAGUCAUCUUAUGAAGCCUGUUAGGGCUGCAGUUUCCUGUCUGGGCUCACCCUGGAGGACCAGAGGCAACACGAGAAUCCUUUUACUUUUCUUUCCCACACUCAAAAAAUGUUAUUCCUGAGGUUAAAGGAGCAAGGAAUGCUGGGAAUAUCCUCCCUAUAUGAACCAUUACUGAAAUACUUUGAAUUCUGUCUGCAUCCUAAAAGGCUUACUCAGACACCCUUAAAAUCCAUGGGAUUGAAAGCAAAUACACUUAUUUUGGAAGGAGAAUGGAGUUUGAUUCCCUCCUCCCACUACUUCCAUGUUUGAAUCUAGAAAGUUGGGAGGAGGAGAGGAAGAGUCAGCAGAAACUAAAAUUCUUGGCUGGCAUCCAUCUGUCUUGGGAGACAAUGGAGGAUUACGCCUUUGGAGAUGAAGUCAAAGGUUGCUGUGCCUGGAGACUGAUGUGGGAGAGACAUGUAUUGUUGCAGCUGGGGCAAAUGAAGGUGACCAGUUGUGCUGCUGCAGAUGCUCCAUGGAAAUUCUUCCAUCUGUGUUCCUCCCAGCGGUCAUUCCUCUAUAACUGCUCACUCUAUAGAUACACAGCUUGACUGUUUGUUUUCAAGCCCUGUGGUCAUCUGCAAGGGAUUCUCACAUGGCGAGGUUGAUAUUGCCAGCCUUCAUGUCAUAUUUGCAGGCAUCUUUGCAUCACGGAGUUGUUCUACCAAUGGACCUGGUGUUCCCUGUGGAGCAUUUCCUUUGGGGAUCCUGCCAUCUUCCAUUCUGUGAACAUUACCAAGCCAGUGUAGACGUCGCUGAAACAAAAGAGUGUGAACAUGUUGGGAAUGUGGGCUUGGGAGAGCAUAUCUUUUUUGGAAAUUCUGCCCUGCCAUGUGAUUCCCAAAAUCCUCCUGAUGCAUGUGGAAGGUGUUGAGGUGUUGCUACCAGACUACCAGUGAGAUUCAUAGCUGAGUGGGGAUUUAACCCUGGGCUCCCAGGUCCUAGUUUGACACUUUAACCACUACACCACACUAGGGGUACCCUCAGUCAUCCUAAAACUGGGCCCCUCCAGAUGUUUUUGCAUUUACUACUGCACUGCAUCUUGGUGAAAGGAGAGUGGAACUGCUUUGUUGCUGCAGAUGUGAUUUGGAAUGUGGGUCCCUCGGUUGUUCAGCAACUGAUGAAUGCUUCUAACCUUCCAUAUGAUAAACUCUUGAGCCCCCAACGGGGCAGCUAUAACCUUAGUCUCAUGCCUGAUAAUUACACAUUUUUGCCUCUUAAUAAGCUGUUGUAUGUGAUGAGCAACUCAUGAUUUAACAGCACACUGAAUGCAUUUUUAAAGCACUUCUUAAUAGUCCUAUAAGGAUCCCUCUUUGCCUGUGCCAGUUUUGAAUGGAAUUUUGCAGCCUGGCAUUGCAAAAUGAGCUAUUGUUCUCCAAGUGCAUGGGCAGGUGUGAAAUGGAGAGCCACAUCCUGGGCAUUUCUGAAAACUAGUCCAACCAGGUUGCUGUGCCAGAGGGUUCUAUCCAGGUAAAACCACAAGAGGAGGAAGGAAGGAAGCCUUGUGUUAGGGAAAUACUCCUGAGGUGAAGGUCCCAAGAAAAUCCUGCUGCAAAGAGUAAGGGAAAAUGUACCGUAUUUUUCGCUCUAUAAGACGCACCAGACCAAAAGACGCACCUAGUUUUGGGAGGAGGAAAACAAGAAAAAAAAUAUUCUGAAUCUCAGAAGCCAGAACAGCAAGAGGGAUCACUGCGCAGUGAAAGCAGCAAUCCCUCUUGCUGUUCUGGCUUCUGGGAUAGCUGCGCAGCCUGCAUUCGCUCCAUAAGACGCACACACAUUUCCUCUUACUUUUUAGGAGGGAAAAAGUGAGUCUUAUAGAGCAAAAAAUACGGUAUUUCAUGUUGUGACACUAUAUCCCUUGCCAGGAGACUGCUGCAGGUUUGUGGCAUCUGCCUUAUAAAGAAGCAAUUCUGCAGUUGUAGAAAUUCCUGGUGAAAAUUAUCACUUUCACAGAAUUCCUGACAGAUUUAGGCUCUGAUACCGGCAGACAGUGUAUUGUGACAAGGAAUUGUUUUGAGAUCUUUGAAGAUACACUUAUAAAUACUUGCUCACCUAUGAUAAGACUCUUGUGGACUCUUUUGUGGACUUGUUUCCAGGGCUACUUCAAGUAUUGAGACCAAGCUGCUGAACUUCUUCUAAACUUCUGAAUUUGAACUUCCAAAACUGAAUUUGACACCUGGAGGCUUUAGGACAGUACGAAGUACCCACCAUCCUACCAUCUAGGGCAAACCGUCUCAUGCAAAUUGAGAAAAUCUGCAUUAACGUACUUCAUAUAUGUGUGCUUCAUGCAAUUUGCAGAUGAAUUGCUCUAGCAGCCUUCUAUGGAGGGCCAUUUUACUUUUCCCCCCAGGUGUAGGAGUUUAGUGGGGAUUUCCUGGAAGACACUCAGAAAAGUAUUGAAGGUUAUGGAAAAGUGAGGGGAAUGGAAUCAGGGCAGGAUGGUCUAGGAACCCAGGGCAUGUAUUUAGAAAGCCAGACCACAAAAAUUCUCUGUUUUCAGUUGUGCAUGGUUUUUUAUCAGCAAAAAAACAACAACUUACAUUCUCAGAUUUUUCUCUGAAUCCCAUGUGGGUUAGAAACUUGCUUUGUAGGCUGAGAGCAUAAAGAACCUGCCAGUUUCCUUAAAAGACUGCAUACUUCCUGCUCCAUUAUACUGAUAUGGCCUUGGAGAUUUCCAGACCCCUUAAUCAUGGACACCAGCAAAUACCUAUUUUGCAUCAGGAGAGUGAGCAGCAAACUCUGCCUCCCCUCUUUACAUGUUCUGUUAUGGAUUAAAAUUCUUUUUAUUGCCAGCAUGUAGCCAACUGUACAGUGAAUGGAAUAGGUGUCUUCAGCUUCAAUUCCUAAAGUUUUAAAGUAAAAAUCCCCUGGCAGAAAUACCUGUUCUGUCUUGUUUAUUAGAUGCCUUAAUUUUAGUCAACUGCAUGAAUUCCUUUUAGCAAAAGGAUUGGCUGAGACAGAAUUUGCCAACCUGGUGCCCUCCAGAUGUUUUGGAACAUCUGGACGGUGGCAGGUUGGCAAGGGCUGGGUUGAUUCCACUUCCUUCACUUUCUCAUCAAGGGAGAAUGUUCAUUCAGAGAUUCUGACUGGGUUGUUCUUUUUUUCAUCCAGAAUGUAUGAGCGUGAGUUUCAGUAAAUUGAAGCUGUAGAAAGAAGGGAGAAUCUCCUUCUACAUCCUUGCCCCAUUCUUCCUCCCCUUCUGACCAAUCCCACCAGGAUGUCUCCAUGGGGCUCCUGGCAACCACCCCUAGCUAGGCAGUUGUAGUCCAAAACAUCUGGAGGGCAUCAGGUUGGGGAAGGCUGGCAUAAGUGUACAAGGAUGGGUGCCUGGCUCCAAGGAGCUGUUUGAACCCUAAUGUCAACGGUGGGAGAGGAUGCAAACACUGAGAUUUCUCAUCAGAAGUUUAAUUUACUUCCUGUGUCAAAGCCCAUGCAUCUGACAAAUGUCUGAAUUAUCUCUUGAUUGUGAAACCUGGGGUGUCCGUGGUUCUUCCAAGUUAAUUAAUGCCUGAUGCAAGCAUGUCACCUUUGUGCAUUAAAAAGAACAAAACAAAACAGGUUGCUCCCCCAUCCUACCCCAAAAUUUCUUUCUUUUACCAUUGACUUGCAGGUUAGCUCUUGCUCGCUGCUGGCCUCCAUCUGGGUGUAGAUUCUGAACAAGCUAGUACAAGCUGUUCAUGCUGAAGGGCAUGGCAGAGCCUGGGAAAAGGAGCCAUUUUUAAGUGAGUGAGAGGGAUGCCAAAGCCAGCCCUUCCAUCUCCCUUCUCCCCCCCUGCCCCUGAAAAUAGUCUUUGAUGUAGCCCAAAUUCCAGCGGCUUCUGUGAUAGUUGGCAGAGGAUUGCAGAGUACAAGAUGACAACAAAAGGCUUUUGGAAGCUGUUGCACUUGGAUGCAAAAUUAGGGCUUCUGUGUCAUCUCAAGAAAGGGGGUGGGGAGCCCUCCUUUCCUGCCUCCCUUGCUUGUGGUGGGUGUUGGAGAAAGGGGGCAGUUGUGGGCCCAGAAGCUUUUCUGUGUCUUUCUAAAGUUCAGGCUCAGGAGCAGUUGCAUAGAUUAUAAUGUUUUAGAUUACGUGUAUUUUGGGUUUUCGUUUACACAUCCACUGCUUCUGUUGUUUGUCUUGAGAUUAUUAUUUUUUUAAUCCAGCAACAAAAAUUUACAAAACAACUAAUAAAAAAACAAGCCUUUCUCCGAGGCAUGUGAACAGAAGUGUCCUUGGAAGAUCUUACUUUCGUGUUAUGUUGUAUUGAUCAUUAGCCAUUGCAGAUUACUGAAGUGUCUCUCCCAAUACCUGAGAAAGAUGAAAAGAAAGCAUAGAUGGAGACCAAGGUCCCCUGUAUGUUGACCCUUUCUGUAUAUUUUGAUAUCACAGUUGUAUUCAUCUGGAAUUUUUCAGGUGUGCAAAAUCUUUACCAACCCUUGGUAGGGGCAGUCAUUUUGAAAGUGUCUUGUUUUAAAUCUUUGAAAAAAGCAGAGUUUGGCUGGGAUUGUAUUCAUUAUGCUCUUAAGUAGUUUUGCAAAGCAACACAUUUUUUUGAGAAAUACAAAACAUUUCUGUGGAAAAAUGCAAAAGCCCCGCAUCAUCACUACUAAUAACACCAAUAACUUUCAAGGAUGUGUUCACACUGAGCGAUAUCUCUGUGUGACUCUGCAAUAAGGGGGUGAAUGAACAGGAUCAUUCACUAAUGCAUUAAUCCCCAAAUAUGCAGUGAUUUAAACCCAAAUAAAUGGACUUCAUCAUUUCCUAGAUCUGUGGUUCCUAAUGUGACCCCCGUGGUCAUCCCAAUGCCUUCAAGAGCUUGUUACCUGCCAAGGGCCCCUGCUGCAUCCCAAUUUUUAUUUCUAAAACUGAGUGAGUGUUUUGCAUGUUAGAUUGGAAAUGUUGUUUUGGAGGUGGGGAGGGGCCUGCUCCCCCCCCCCCCCGUGAUUUACUUGUAAUAUGUAUAUGAAUGGUUUUGCCUGGUUUUUCUUUUUCUUUGGUGGUGGUGGUGGGAGGUCUGAGCAUUUCCCAUUUCUUUUCUGUGAAAUUGGUACUUUGUUGUGCUCACAAAAGUUUCUUUGAUGUCAAAAUGUGCUCCUGGGCCCUAAAAGUUUGGGGAGCCCUGCCCUAGAUAAAUGGAAGUGCCCCAUGGGUACCACUGAAGCAACGACAUUGAAUAAAUUAUCUCUGCAGUUGCACUAAUUGGGGCUUUCCCCCUAAGAUAUUCUAGAGAAUGUCAUCCAUAAAAUUGUCACUCAUCUCCAUUUCUGUUCCUUAUUUCUAACAACUUCUAAGUUGGGGUAUUAUGGCUCUGACUGUGCAAUCUUUUUAACAGGAAGAAGAUUACGAGGGAAAGCCUUCUACAACGUCAAUGGAAAAGUCUACUGUGAAGAAGACUUCCUAGUAAGUAAGAUUUUAGGGCUUUCUGUGUCUUUUUUGGCAGUGGGGGAGCAGGGGAGGGAAAUGACAAAAUAUGGCAGCCCUCAGCUCAGACAUCUGUGGUUAGGAGGGUGGAUGCCAGUCAUAACAAAAGGGGAGGCCUGUGAAACUUCCGUUUGUCUGUCAUCACUGUGAGCCCCAACGGUGGGGAGCUUAGCACAAGCAAAGGAAAAUUUGCAGAUUGACAGAUGAGUAACCGUUUUAUUUAAGCAGCAAUUAUGGUGUAUACAGAAAAGCAAACAAUAAUGACAAGAAUUCCAGAAUCUGGCGAGUAUGCUGCUCUCAGCGAUGAUGCAACAUCCCCACAUCUGCCAUCCUGACCUUGGGCUAGUCCAACAACCUCUCCCUUGGAAUGUCUUCUCCCUCCGUUUCAUUCUGGGUUUCUGCAUAUUGGGGGCCCUCGGGCACUAUACCGUCAGUGCAAGGCUGCACCUCAUCUUCUUGAAUACUAUUUUGCAAAGUGGGAAUGGGAGAGCAGUCGGCCCCCCAAGUGGGAAAUGCCUAGCCUUGCCACCCUCCAGCACCACCCCUACUCUCUUUGUAGACCACAUGAUUAGUGAAUAUUAUCUUUCUCCUGUCACAGAGCAUGGGCUGAAUCAACUGCAUGGUAAAUAAGACCAAUCACCUUUUAGGAGAUGUGUGUUGUACAACCAUUAAUAGAUUUUGUGUUUAUAAUUAUUGCUGCUGCUCUUUUGGACUGAAUUGUGCUUGUGUCCCUUGUAACUCUCGGCCUUCUGGUGGAUUAUUAAUGCAGAAACAAACAGAUAACUUGGAGCACAAAGAUUGUUUGUCUUGCUUCUUGGCUUUGGCGUCUGCAAACAGUCUAUGACUGACUGCAUGUCGCCCUCAUCCUGCUUCCAGCUUUGGGAUGGGAACGGGUGAUGGCUGUAUUAGGGUGCUGCAAAGGUGUUUGAGAUAUCAGGUGGGCAGUGAAGAACAGGCCAAUGGAAAACAAGCCAUGCUUUGCUAAAAGAAACUGCUGUUUCGUUGAAUGUGGAACAACUCAUUAGCUUAGUGUUACAUAUGAACGUGGCUGCUAUUGCCUGUUGUGGCUGCUUAGGCAGUUGGACCAGGCCUGGCAUUCAGCAGGGGAACUAUUCUUUCAUUAGAGAGGGAAAAGAAUCCCAUCUGCCUUCUGCUCUCAUAAAUAAUCCCAACUAGACAUUCUUCCUCCAUUUUGUCGAUAAAUUGCAGCGUAAUUAGAGGCAAAGGAAAUAUGGCUUGCUAUUUUUAAUCAGGAACAACUUGGGUGCUCUCCACCCACUUGCCUUUAAAUACCAGGUUAAAGAAAAGCCAAAUAACUCACUGUUGAUACUGGCAAAAGAUUGAGGAGAUGUUUUCCACACUGUACUGAAGCAGACAGAGUGUCUGGCAGUGAGGUCCAUGGCAGGAGCUGGAGGACUAGAGCUCAUUACCAGGUUUUCAUGAUGCUAGGAAUAAAAGCUGCAUCUCAUUUGCAUUUUAAGUUAUCAGUACAGUCUGAGAGAUGUAGUCAGCCAGUUAUAAGUUCCACUUGGAAGCUGUGAGAUUGGAAAUAUCUGCAGAAUUGGAGCUUCAAUAAACCCUCUUGCCAUUGGUCCAUCACAAGUGGGACCUGCAACAGAAUGUUGCAGCGUGGACUUCAGGGUGCCAGCCGCGUCCCUUUCCAAUCCACUCCCAUUCCCCACCCAAUGGUGGGUGUCCCAUUGUUUUUCCCCUCUCCUAAAGUUGUAUGUCUGGCAACGUUGGAGUUCCCCAAAGCCUAUUGAUACAUUCCUUCUUCUGUAUAUUUUGGCUGCCUGUGGAUCAGCAUUUGGUGAAUUGAGUUCUCUGUUACUAUGUAGAUUGUUCUGUAGUAUGCUUUGGUAUCCUCGGAGUCUCAUAUAUUACAGUACUUUGUUUUUAAGCAGCUUUCUUAACAGUUUUCUUCAGGGUUCUAGAGAAGAGUCAGGAAAUACCUGGGGCCACAUUGGUUGAAGUCUCAAAAACGAAAUAAUGUUUUUUUGGCAUGGCUUCAAGUAGUGUUAAGUAGCUCGUGAGUAGGACCUGGGAAACCAGGGUUCAAAUUCCCCUCCAGCUGUGAAGCCCACUGUGAAGGUCACUUUGGGCCAGCCACUGUCUCUUAACCUAACUGCCUCACAGGGUUGUUGUUAGGAUAAAAUGGAGAGAGGGAGAAGUGUGUUUGCUGCCUAGAGAUCUUUGGAGAAAAGAUGGGAUACGGGUGCAAUAAUAAAUAAAGUAAAUAUAUCCCUGUCCAGGAAGUAUAAGAAGUGCAGCAAAAUUCAACAAGCAGCAUCCACUCCAGCUCUUGGAGGAAGUAUGCUAGUAUGCUAACAUACCUCUUUGGCUUUUUGUAAGUCACAUCCCAGCUGUGCUGGAUUCAGUGUGCUUGGUAGCUGUGCAGCCCACAUUGUCCACUUGUUCAUAGAGCUGUCCUUUGAUGACAAAAUACACACCUGACCACCAGACAACUUUUUUGAAAUGGACCAGAGAAUAGACAGCCCCCCCGUCCUAAAUAAAAGGCUCAAAUCUAAACUUAGCCACUUCUUCCUUGCAUCAUCCUGUUUUGGAUGAGCCUCCAUAGCACACCUGUCUCUUUCUCCCAACCUCCACAAGAAACAGCCCUUUUUAAACCUUAAGUGCUGUGUGGUUUCUUUAGAGCCUACUCUUUCUUAUGCCACUUCUUGCCUAAGUACCCUUUGGCCUCCUGCCCUUUUCCUCAACACAAGUCCACUCCUUGCUCCGUGUCCUCCUUGCAGGCCCGUGCAGAGCUUGUCUGAGGCCUGGGGUGGAAGUCUUUCAAAACAAAAAAGCAGCUGGCCCCUUUGGGCCACCUUCUCCCAGCCAUCUUAGCUUUCUGAGGCUCUGGGCAAGUGUAUUUGGAUUCUCACCCCACCCGCACCCCACAGGCCUGCCCCCUUGUCUCAGGGGCCUGCUGCGUCUUGGCAUCUCUACAUCAUGGGAGCAAUUCCUGGUCUUAGCCUGCCCUUGUGUGAGGUUUUAGCCGCAGUCAAACUGGCAACUUUCCCUUCCCUCACAGAAGUCGGACUGCAAAACACUUAGCUUCAUAAGCAACUCAACAAUUCAUGCCAUCCAUCCAGCUCAGUGUCAGUCUUCAUCGCAAGCACACCUAUAGCUAAAUUCCACACCAGCCGUUCACUACUUUCCUGGCUCCUCCGUGUGAUGUCAAUUCUCUUAUAGUUAUAUUAGGAGUUAUGGUAAGGAGCUACAGGCAAAUAGCAGCCACACCCCUCUUAACAUCAUCAUCAUUAAUCAAUUGUUUCAAGGCAAUAAAUAUAUCAAAAGCAAUUAAAAUCCAGAAAAGUAGCUGAUGCAUUUAAAACAAUACAAAACACAAACUCAUGCAAAAACCUCUACUCUUCAUCCUUACAUACGUCAACAUUCCUUUUAAAGUUCUAGUGGAUGCAGGAAAAAAGGUUGCGGCUUUCUGAAUAUACAGUGCACAGAUCAGGUCCAACUUUGCCUGUUGGCCACAGAUAUACAUAAUUCAACAUUAUGUUAAAUGCUAUUGGGUGACAGAGAAAAGGUGGAACUACUCAACACCUUCUUUGCCUCUGUCUUCACCCAAAAGGAAAGCGAUGCCCAAUCUCAGGCAUCCUCAAACUCAGCCCUCCAGAUGUUUUUGGCCUACUACUCCCAUGAUCCCUAGCUAGCAGGACCAGUGGUCAGGGAUGAUGGGAAUUGUAGUCUCAAAACAUCUGGAGGGCCAAGUUUGAGGAAGCCUGUCCAACCUGGUGAUAACAGAAUAAAUGAUUUAAGGAGGGAGCUGCAGCCCAAGAUAGGAAAAGAGGUAGUAAGGGAACACCUAGCUACUUUAAACGGAUUCAAAUCUCCAGGGCCUGAUGAGCUGCAUCCAAGGGUACUAAAGGAGCUUGUGGAUGUAAUUUCAGAGCCUUUGCCUAUUAUCUUUGAGAAUUCUUGGAGAACAGGUGAGGUCCUUACAUACUGGAGGCAUGCAAAUGUUGUCCCCAUCUUCAAAAAGGGGGGAAAGGAAGACCCAGGUAGCUACUGACCAGUGAGCUUGACAUUGAUACCAGGGAAGGAUCUAGAACAGAUAAUUCAACUGUCUGUCUGUGAGGAUUUAGCAAAUGAUGCUGUGAUUACUAAAACCCAGCAUAGGUUUCUCAAAAAUAAGUCAUUCCAGACCAAUCUGAUUUCUUUUUUUGAUGGAAUUACAAACUUGGUGGUUCAGGGAAAUGCUGUGGACAUAGUGAAUCUUGAUUUCAGUAAGGCUUUUGACAAAGUCCCCCAUGAUAUUCUCACAAGGAUGCUGGUAAAAUGUGGGUUGAACGAGGUAAAUGUCAAGUGGAUUUGUAGCUGGUUGACUGACGAAACCCAAAGAGAACUCAUUAAUGGUUCCUCGUCAUCCUGGAAAAAAGUGACAAGUGGGGUGCUGCAGGAUUCUGUCCUGGGCCCGUUGUUGUUUAACGUCUUUAUAAAUGACUUGGGUGAAGGAAUUGAUGGGAUGCUUAUCAAAUUUACAGAUGACACCAAACUGUGAGGGUAGCUAAUGCCACAGAAGGCAGAAUCAGAAUUCAAAAUGACCGUAACAGAUUGAAGAACUGGGUGCAAGCUAACAAGAUGAAUUUCGAUAGGGACAAAUGUAAGGUUCUGCACUUAGGCAGGAAGAACCAGAUGCACAAAUUAGCAUGGGGGACACCUGGCUUACUAGCAGUACAUGUGAAAAGGAUCUAGGGGUCUUGAUGGGCCACAAGCUUAACAUGAGUCAACAGUGUGAUGCAGCAGCAAAAAAAGCUAAUGCUAUUCUAGGCUGCAUCAACAGAAGCUUAGUGUCCAGAUCAAGGGAAGUAAUAGUAGCACUCUCUUCUACCUUGGUCAGACCACACCUGGAAUACUAUGUCCAGUUCUGGGCACCACCAAGUAGGAUGUUGACAAGCUGGAACGUGUGCAGAGUAGGGCAACCAAGAUGAUCAAGGGCCUGGAAACUAAGCCUUCUGAGGAGCGCUUGAAGGAGCUGGGUAUGUUUAGCUUGGAAGAGGGGAGACUGGGAGGAGAUAUGAUAGCCAUCUUCAAAUAACUUAUGGGCUGUCACAUGGAGGAGGGAGCAUGCUUAUUUUCUCCUGCUCUGGAGGGUAGGACUUGAACUUUAAGCCGCAAGAAAAGAGAUUCCGACACAACAUUUGGAAAAACUUUCUGACAGUAAGAGCUGUUUGGCAGUGGAACAGACUCCCACAAGAGGUGGUAGACUCUCCUUCCUUGGAGGUUUUUAAACAGAGGUUGGAUGGCCAUCUGCCAUGAAUGCUUUAGCUGAGAUUCCUGCAUUGCAUUGGGAUUGGACUAGAUAACCCUUGGGAUCUCUUCCAACUCAUAAGUUUCUACGUAUUCUUUCCCCUUCUUUGGGACUACUUAAUUUUUAUUUUAUUUUUACAUUGCUAUGUCCCAUUUAACAAGAAUGCCUCAUAGGGUGUAAAACAGUGCUAAGGAGAAAGAGAAGUGAGCUCAUCUGCAAAAAGAAAAGCAAAAGAAAUGGAACUGCAAGAGAUCAGAUGGGGAGGCACCCUGUGGCUGGAGUAGAUAACAGGAGAGCAGCCAACCAUGUAGUCAGUUUUUAGAUUUUCAGUUCCUUUAGCCUCUGGGCAAAACUGGGAGGUCUGCCUAUCAAAGAGUUUUUUUAAAAAAAGCAUAAAGGGGGAAUUUCCUUCCAGUCACAGAGGAGCUUGCCGAUGACUUGUGCAGUGUUAAAUCAACAUAAUAUUUUUUUUUCUAUACUGCAAAAACAAAACAAAAAGUCCAAGUGGGAAAAAGUAAUGAUGGAGGGCACUGGUUGUAAGAAUGCAGAAAACACAUGAAGGAAAAGGUAGACUGGCCUGAAAAAGAUGAGAGUUGUUUCUCUUUAUGAUGAAGGAUUUAUACUCAAAGCUGUGAUUAUUUUAGCAGAGCUUUUUGCACAUUGGACCAAGCAGUCCUUUAUAAAAUUGAGGUCCAAACACAGGGUGAAAUGCUGAUAAAUGUAAGCUGACUGAGGGGACGCUGCCUCUCUAUAUUCUUUGGAGCAAAGUCUCAUUGGAGAUUUCUGCUCAACAGUGAGACAGUCAUGGGGUUUUCUUGUGAGAAGUUCUGAAUUGGAAAGCACUUUGCAUGUGCAAGCCUGCAUUAUCUGAAUCAUUAUCCUAGGCUAGGUGUGUGGUGGUGUCAUUAUGGGUUUUGUCAAAGGUCUUUUAAAUGCUGACAAAUCCAUUCAAAUAAAUAGUGGUUAUGCUGCGUCAGGAGCCUCAGAAGGGUUUAUUGUUUGCACUCUAAAUUUCACUUCACAAUUCUUAGAUGUGGGAUAUGUUUGGGGUUGGGGGGUUUAUACAAGCCAUCACACACAGAGAGCGAGGGAGAGCAUUUUAGGCUUAGGUCUCUAGAUCAUGGGUAGGCAAACAAAGGCCCGGGGACCGGAUCCGGCCCAAUCGCCUUCUAAAUCCGGACUGCGGGCGGUCUGGGAAUCUGCGUGUUUUUACAUGAGUAGAAUGUGUGCUUUUAUUUAAAAUGCAUCUCUGGGUUAUUUGUGGGGCAUAGGAAUUCGUCGUUGUCCAAAUAUAGUCCGGCCCCCCACAAGGUCUGAGGGACAGUGGACCGGCCCCCUGCUGAAAAAGUUUGCUGACCCCUGGUCUAGAUCAUCUUCCCCAGCCUGGUGCCCUCCAGCUCUUUUGAACUACCCCUCCCAUCAACUCCAGCAUCACAGCUAUUCCAGCUGGAGCUGUAGGCAGUUGUAGUCCAAAUUGGUAGUUCUGGCCUAGGGAGUUGCAGUUCAGAAUAUCUACAGGGCACCCGGUUGGGGUGGGGGCUGAUCUAGAACCCCAGGCAAGGAGGUACAAAGGUUGCAUGAUAAUGAACUGAAAGGGUGUUCUAGAGCAUCUUCUCAGAGGAAAUCCUGAGGUUAAGAUACUUCUCUUUCUAGCCUCUGCCUUUUCUGUUCUUUACUAAAUGUAUGAAAAUCCAUGAUUGUGUUCUCUCCUUUGUUUUGCUUUUAAAAUAAACUUUAUUCAACAAUCAACAUUAACUUACACAACAACCCACUCCAAUAUACAAUAUACAACAAUACACAAGGAUGCAUCACUAAUCACAAAUUUUCCUAUGUAUGCUUUACAGAAAGAACAAGAAAAAGAAGAGGUUGUGUUCUCCCCUUUGAAGCAACAUUUAAUAGAUGAAUAAUUCAAUUUAAAAAACAAAAACAAAACACCCAUAAACAAUUCAUUCACAAAAUGUAGAGGGAAGGAGUAUGUCUUCUGUGUAUUUUACAUUGAGUCUGCUUUAAUAUUAGACGAUUAGAUGCCCUGUGUUCAUUUCACGUAUAAACUCUUAUCAGAUUCUUUUUAGAGCCAGUGUGGUGUAGUGGUUAAGAGCGGUAGACUCCUAAUCUGGGGAACCGGGUUCGCGUCUCCGCUCCUCCACAUGCAGCUGCUGGGUGGCCUUGGGCCAGUCACACUUCUUUGAAGUCUCUCAGCCCCACUCACCCCACAGAGUGUUUGUUUUGGGGGAGGAAGGGAAAGGAGAAUGUUAGCCGCUUUGAGACUCCUUAAAGGGAGUGAAAGGCGGGAUAUCAAAUCCAAACUCUUCUUCUUCUUCUCUUCUUAGUCUGUUUAAAAUACUGUGUGUUCAAAAUUAGUACGUAUAUAGUCAAGGCUAAAUUUCAAAACAGUGAUAGGAAAUCCAUCCAUCCAUCCAUCCAUCAGAUUUGUAUAAUGUUGCUUAGUAACAUUGUUGCCUGAGUGGCUUACAGCCUAACACACCAAUCCAAAGGCACCCCCCCCCCCCCAUGAUAGGCUAUUCAGAGUUUGUUUGAUUGGAGGUGUCCUUCCAGUCAGCUCUGACAGCUGAGCCUUCCUCUAGCCACCAAAUGGGUACACAGCAGGGAGAUGGGUGUUAAAUCCAGAACACGGCAGAAAAUCCCAAAACAGUUGUUGAAUUUGUGGCUAUUUUCUUAAGUGGGAAAAUCAUCUCUUACAAACAACUUCCCCCCCUUCCCCCUCCUUUUACAAACUCAAUUAUUCCAUUAAACACAAAAUAUGGGCUUAAUGCAAUUGGUUUAGUCACAUAGAAAAUAGAUUUUGUAUCAGCUUCCCUCUUUUCUCCACUAAAUAGCAUAAUUUAUGGCCAUCCAGGGACCAUAAAUGAUUUCAACCUGCCUCCAAGGCCAUUUGAUUCUUCAGGAGUUCUGUCCCCUAUUAAUCAAUAAAUGGUCCUUUGCCUUUCUUAUCAAAUGACAGCCAGAUGGUUCAGUUAAAUUCACAGUGACAGGCUUGGAGAAUUAGCUAGGCUUACACCAUUGAUAAUCCUUUGCCGUCUGCCCUUCCCACCUGUUCCUCUUCAGCCCUGAGGUCAUGGCCUCAUGAAACAUGCUGGCCAGAUGGUCACCGCUAUAGCCAGAAGCCCAUGCCUUCUGGAGGCUAGUGCUUCAUUUUCCUGGUGGGAUAAAAAGGAGGAGAGCAAAGCAAGAAGGGAAGACAGCAGAGAAGAUCUUGAUGAUUCCUUAAAAGUGUAGGACAGUUGUGCAUUAUUGCUUUCAAUUUUUCAGGGAAACCUUUUCAAUGGACUCAUCUGCUGAGGGCCCCCAGAGCACCCUGGUUACUCAGUUCAUGCUGGGCUAUGGAAAAGUUUGUUGGGCCUCACCUGCCGAUAGGCACCCCACAGCUGCCAAGCAUGCUCUCCCCACCCCCAGAUAUUGGAUUUGAGUUAAAUCCCUGCGCACUGCAGUCUUGAAUUCUGGCGCACUUUUCAAAAAGAACAGCUUCCCUGGCUAACUUGCAAAGAUGUCAUGAGGCCAAACACUCCCAAGUUCCUUGGUAGGAAGAAGACUACAUCCAUUUUAGCAUGUAAGACUAAAUCAUAGCUGUCAACUUACAGAUUUGAAAAUAAGGGACCAGCAGCCUUGAAAAUAAGGGACCAGCAGCCAAAAUAAGGGACCUGCAGCCUCACCUGUUCCAGGCACUCCAGUCUUCCUGCAGUCUGGUCAAACCCAUGCUGGUAGCUCUGAGAACACUGUCCAACCAACUUUGUAACCAGAGGUUCAACUGAAUAGAAUCUGAAUCACAUGCACCACAAGGCCUAUGCAGCCUCAACUUAAGAUGGCUCCCUGGCCUGGCUUUGCACUGCAAAGUUUGCAGCAGCACGUGCAACAAAAUGGCGCCCAGCAUUCAAAGAAACCCUCAGCUUGCAUUAACUAGCCACACACAAGGCAUGCAAGCUCCACCCCCCAGUCGUUCUUAGACUUCUUAUUGGGUGAGCAACACAGCCAAGCAACACAGUUGGAGCCUCCCUCCUCCCUGGCCGGCCGGGCGGGGGGGAGAGGAGCUGCUUCCUUUGAAAUUUAAGGGACAUCAUUUAAGGGACAUCCAGCAAUAAGGGACAGCAGCGGGACAUGGCCCUGGAAUAAGGGACUGUCCCUUCAAAUAAGGGACACUUGACAGCUAUGGACUAACUAGAUCUGGUCUAGAUCUGUCUUUGUUUUUAAAUCUAUUCUCCAUAACAAGGCCACAUAUAUAAGAGUUACAGCCACAGUUAUGUAUCUAGAAUAAGCAAGUAGGCAUUCAAAACUACUUGCUUAAUUUACUUUUGAUAACAUAAUUUGGAAUUAGUUCAUGGAAUUGUAGAAUCCAGCCCCCUGUAAUGCAGGAAUCUCAGCUAAAGCAUCCAUGACAGAUGGUCAUCCAGCCUCUGCUUAAAAACCUCCAAGGAAGGAGAGUCGACCACCUCCCAAUAGAGUCUGCUUCACUGUUGAAUAGUUCUUAUUGUCAUAAAGUUCUUCCUGAUGUUUAUUCAGGAUCUCCUUUCUUGUCAUUGGUUUGGGUUCUAGCCUCCAGAGCAGGAGAAAACAACCUUGCUUGAUCUUCCAUGUGACAGCCCUUUAGAUAUUUGAAGAUGGCUGGAAUAUCUCCUCUCAGAUUCCUCUUUUCCAGGCUGAACAUAUCCAACUCCCUCAACCAUUCCUCAUAAGUCUUGGUUUCAGGAAUAGUUAAGGGAGUUGGGCAUGUUUAGCCUGGUGCAGCAUGUGCAAAAAAACCAAAAUGGCACCGAAUACAGUGCAGAGAAGCAACAGAGUAAUAAAGAAUAAAAAUGAAUACUAAGGAAUAAUUAUUCCCUUAAAAACACAGGUGCAUGCACACCUAUGUAGAAUCUUGGAUCCAAAAUCAGCUUUAGGUCAAAAGCAAUUUUGAUUUGAUGCAAUUUUUAAAAGAUUUGUGGGGGCUUUAAGUGAAUUUGUUUGUUGAAAUCCAGCUUGUUGUAGUUUAUUUUAAAGUAGCUGCUCUUCUUUUGCAUUCACCUCCUGCAUUUUUGUAUGUGUUAGUGUGUGCAUGCAAGCACCUAGACCCACACACCUCUGUAUGCACACUGACUAGACGCAUGGCCUCACACCCCUGCCUCCACCAUGCUUUCAAGGCCAUUUGACGUGGUCUAGACAAGUUCACCUCUUUUCCUGCCCUUGUACUGUGUUCCAUGUCUUAUCUACAGGAUACACUUCAACACCCACACCCCACAGAAGUGAUCUCUGCAAUAGCCCCAAAUUGGUUCAAAUAAUCAAAUGCCGAACUAAGCGGUGGCUUAAGUCAGACCAGUGCAUUAUUGAAAGGGUAGUGCUGUGCCAAUAGUGGAGCACCCCUUUUGCAUGGGAGAAGAGGGCAGUCGUGUGGCAUCAUAUUUACAUUGGACUGAAGGAAGGUGAGGUAAAGUCCAUCCCCUAGCAAAUAAGUGUUUAAAGAUUAGCUGGCUGGAAUUUCACAGAGGUUGUGGUGGGUCGGUCAUUUUGGUGUUCAAAGCACUUGUCUGGCACACUCUGCUUACAAAUGUAUGUUUACAUUUUGAAGGAGGCUGAGAAAACGUAAUCUCUUGUCUUUAACUAGCCUCUCUCAUUUUCUGCAACUAAACUCUACCAUUUCAAUUGCAACAAAACAUAUCCUCACCCCAUAUGGGAAGUACUCCUGUUUGGGGUUCCAGGCAGCCUGGAAAGGAGCCUGAUGAUGUCGGACAAGCCUUCCAAAGAGAGGGAGAGUGUUCAAGGGAAGGGAAGGGGCCCCUGUUUUCUUCUCCACCUCAAGGCCUUCCUGCGCUGUGUGGCAAGAGGGAUCAGGCUUUGCUACCUGCCACUCAACAUACCUGGUACUUGCUAUUGUAAAAUUGUGGGAUAUGAGUGCAAAAGCAAAAAUGGUUAAUCCCACCCUCUUUCCGUUAGCUGGAAACAUUAUCAAGUGACAUAGGGAGGGGAGAUUUUUUUAAUAACAAGAAAAAUACCAGGGACCUGAUACUCUUCCUCCUCCAAGAUGCUUACUGUAAGUUGUCAGAGACAUCAGCAAGCUAAUUCCUUGGCCAAAUGUCAACAUUCUGUAUCUCCUGCAAGCUUCUUGUCGGGCUGUUUGUCUCUUUUAAAAAUAUUUCUCAUUCCUUUUUCCCAAAAAGUUUUGAGAAAAUACAGUUACAACUAUUGUCUGUCUGUCUGUCUGUCUGUCUGUCUAUCUAUCUAUUUAUCUAUCAAAUGAUAAUCUGAUUGUAAAAUCUGCCCUGGAACAACGGCCAUGGCAAGGAUGCAACCAUAAACACUUAUUACGUACAGUUUGACCAGCCACUGUUUUUGUUUCACCACCACCAUUUUACUCUGCUGAAUUUAACUCAAGGAUGCUCAGUUUUAUUAGUUCAUUAUAUGUUACUGUCAGUCUGUCCUUUUUUAUGUGUGUGCAAUGUAUUUAUUAUGUAUAAUCUAUUAAUGUAAAAGUGUUGCUGCCCAUCUCUUCUUCAUUUCCAAGCUAUGUCAGCUACCUUUGGAGUUACCUCCUGUGUGUUUUCAAAGAAACCCCUUAAGCAAAAGUACCAAAAACUUGCUUUUUCAAUAUCAUAAUACUGCAUUAAGGGUCAAUUUCUGCUUGCAGAAUCUCAGAAUAAUUAUUCUCCCUCUGAAGAUGAGUGUUUAGAGGACUUUAGAGUGUUUAGAGCCAGUGUGGUGUAGUGGUUAAGAGCAGUAGACUCGUAAUCUGGGGAACCAGGUUCGUGUCUCCACUCCUCCACAUGCAGCUGCUGGGUGACCUUGGGCUAGUCACACUUCUUGGAAGUCUCUCAGCCUCACUCACAUCACAGAGUGUUUGUUGUGGGGAAGGAAGGGAAUGGAGAAUGUUAGCCGCUUUGAGACUCCUUCAGGUACUGAUAAAGCGGGAUAUCAAAUCCAAACUCCUCCUCUUCUUCUUUUGCAUCCAUGUUUCCAGAUUGGCAGUUGCCCUUCAAGAUUUGGCCGGCUUACCUUAUUGUUGGAGUGGGGAGCUUUGGGAGGUAAAACAAAACAAGCAAGAGAGAGGAAGGAAGCAAGUAACCAUCUUUCCUUUUCCCUCCCUUUCUUUCUUGAACAGUAUUCAGGUUUUCAGCAAACUGCAGACAAGUGCUUCAUUUGUGGACACCUCAUAAUGGAAAUGGUAAGAGGAGAGGCUUCUAAAAUGUGCAAUAUAUUAGUCGGGGUGUGUGGUUUCUAUUCCCCUCUUUUACUUCCCCUCCACCCAAACAUGUACACACACCUUAAGAAGUUUCCUUUCCUUUCUGAAAUGCCAACAAUACUUCAAGAUAGAGUAAGGUGCCUUCAUGUUGUUGGGAUUUUGGCGGAGGCGGUGAGAGGAGAGACUUCACAUAUUAAGUGAUGGAGUCUUAGCUUGCAAUAACUGACUAGAACAGAGACCUUGGGGUCACUGAAGAGCUCAAUGAAAGCAGGGGAACAACACAGCAAGCUGCCUUUAUACUGAAUCAGACCAUUGGUCUAACUCAGUAUUGCCAACACUGGCUGGCAGUGACUUAGUUAGACAGGGAACACCACCAGCUCUGCCUGGUAAUGUCAGGGACUGAAUCUAGGAUCUUCUCCAUGCUAAGCAGAUGUUUCACCACUGUGUUGCUGCUCUUCCCCCAAAUGCCAACCCAUUUUGUAGUAGUUGUUGAGUAGGUAAUAUGCCUCCAAGGGGAUGAGAAUUGAUUUUGGGGCUGUCUUGGUUUCUUUUCCAGAUUUUGCAGGCCUUGGGGAAGUCCUACCAUCCUGGCUGUUUCCGCUGUGUGGUCUGCAAUGAAUGUCUAGAUGGCGUCCCAUUCACUGUAGAUGUGGAGAACAAUAUUUACUGUGUGAAAGACUAUCACACGUGAGAACGCAGAACCUUGUAUGUUGGGGGGGACAAGGAAGAGGGGGGACGGACUGUGCAUGAGAUGAGGAAGGGCUGGUUGUUGCUUUCAGGUAUUGCAAAACGGCACCGAGAAGAAAGCAUCAUCCAGUGUUAAAUCAAAUUCAAAUACCAGGGAGUAAAUGGGGCGAAGGGAAAGAAGGCCUUGCAAUAAUUUUGCACAUUCCAGCAGAUGCUCUUGAAUGCCAGGCUGGCAUUAAACAAGGAGGUGUCCUGAGCCUUGAAUGCACCCUUUUAAAUUAGGGAGAGCCAACAUGAUAUCCUCCAGAUGUUAUUGGACUACAAUGCCCAUCCACCACAGACACCAUGGCCCAGUGGUCAGGGAUGAUGGGAGUUGAAGUUCAAUAGCAUCUGGCUGCUCCAGUUUUAAAGGGCUUUUUUACAGUGCCAAAGAGGAGGCAAAUCAUCAGUGGUCUUUGAAGGGCUUGAUGUAUCAGACCUCCAAAGUUGGGGCUCCCUGGGGGGCUCUGUACAAUCUCCUUUCAGUCUCUGCUCAGAAAGAACACAUGCAAUGUCAGUUGCGGGGCAGGUUUUGUGUGGUUUGGGGGAAACUGCCAAACACCAGGUGAGCCAAGUUUACCCCUUCCAAACCAGAGGUUUCCCCACCUCUUCCAAUGUUUGUGCGUUAAUUAAAAUAUUUGGGGCUUUUUAGUUUAGAGAAAAGGCACGUAAGAGAAGGCAUGCUAGAGGUGUAUAAUAUUAUGUGUGGUGUAGAGAAAGUGGUUAGAGAAAAGUUUUUCUCCCUCUCUCACAACACUAGAACUUUUGGAAACGCCCAAUGAAGCAGAGUUUUGGAAGACUCAGGACACAUAAAAUGAAACAUUGCCUCCCAUAAUACAUAGUUAAAUUAUGAAAUUCCACCCCUAUUCCCUCAAGAUGCAGUGAUGGCCAUCAACUUGAAUAGCUUUUUAAAGAGGACUGGCCAAUUAAUGGAGGUUAAGGCUACUAGUGGCUGGGUACUGGUUGACCAUUCCAAAAACAGCCUGAUCCAGCAGUCUGUUACGUUCCUAGCCAGCCUGCUCUAAGUUGGGGUCCUCCAGAUGUUUUAGAGUGUAACUCACAUCAGCCCCAGCUAGUAUGGCCGUACAGUGCCGGGGCUGAUGGGUGUUGUAGCCAAAAGAAUCUUGGUUGGGGGAGGCCGGUUUAAACUAUUGAACCCAGUGCCUCAUAAAAGUUUAGAAUGCCAGCCCCUGAAACAGGUGUGGGGAACCUCUGACCCUCCAGGUGUUACUGAACUACAACCUCCAUCUUCCUUGCCCAUUGGCCAUGCUUGCAGGGGCUGAUGGGAGUUGUACUUCAACAACAUCUGGCGGGCUCAACACCUGCUUACAGGCUGAGAAAUUCUGCUUGCUCUUAGUGAUGAUACAUUGUGAAUUUACUAAUAAGGUAAAGGGUGCCUCCUCAACCGGGUAUUUGGGACUUGAGCCAAAAGAGAAGACUGCUUGAGCAAGACUUCUGCUAUAGGGACCCCAAACUUUAGCGGUAGUUAAAAUGCUGUCAUAUUCUCCCACCCUUCUCUUAUAUUUAUUUUGCUUUCUUUAUUAAACAAGAGUGUGACAUACUUUCUCUUUUCAUACUAGGGUUUUUGCACCAAAAUGUGCUUCCUGUAACCAGCCCAUUUUACCAGCACAGGUAUGGUAUUCCAUUUGCUUAUACUUUGUAGCCUUCCCAAUGCCUCCUUAAAUUUACCAAGAAGGCGACACUUUAAAAGUGUUGUUUGAACUUUGCUGACAUAGAAUUAAGAUGCUCGCACACAUACAAUGAAGAUGAUGAGAUCAUUCUAGGGCUACUUUGAAGCAAGCAAUAUGUGGUUGUCUCAAAUGCAGGUUCUUCCACAUCCCCUUCUCUGACUCACUCAAAGGUGGGUUAGCAAGGUUUCUAGUAAGAUCCACCUGCCUGUUCACGGCAGAGAUUAUACAGCCUUUUAAGGUGGAUCUGCUCCCUUCUGGACUGCAAAGAAAAUACGUUGUCUACAGACCUGAUGUUCUAACCUCAUCUCAACUCAGGAUGACUUUGGAACUGUUUGGCAGGGGUCUGUUCUUUAAACAAAAAAUGCGCCCUCUUCCUCCAUGAGAUUUAGCUACUCACCUCCAUAAGCAUAUCAUAUUGUCUGAAGCAAAAAGCCCCCAGCUACAACUGACAGCUAGAGAGUAUUCAUUGAGUUUCUUUUUGUUUAUUACAUGGUUGUGCAAACGAAUACAAUGUGCUGAACAGAAUUGCUUAUUGCUGGUGAUGUCGAAUGUGUUGACUACAAGGUCCUGACAUGCUUUCCUGGCUACCAGUAAAUGUGUGCAGCCUAAAUAAGUGCACCUGGCUAGCAGUCAACCACAUCAACAUCCGUUACAUUUUUCUCUAAAAGCCACUUCUGGGUCAUUGGCGAAGAGUCAGCAACGUACUGGACACAAACUGUUAGGUGGUUCUCUUCGGUGAGACAUGUGAAACAGUAUGAUAACCUUUCCCUAGACCAGCAGAUAAAAUAUCUGCAUGGCACAGAGCUCCUCUCCCCACUCACCCUGAGACUCUAGUAUUUGCUCCUGUCCAGAUGUGUGUAGCUGUAGGUCCCAUUUUCUUUACAACCUGCAGGUGUAUGGGCCCCUCCCUUCUUCCCUCCUCAGUGCCCCAACAAAGCUCUAAUUCUCCGGGGGGGGGGGCGGAAUCUGCACCUCAGCCUUAAGUUGUACACUGUAUUUUGCAAGGAAUUAUCCUUGCCUGACAGAAGAAUGGAAUAAAAUGGAACAAUUCUGCUUCCACUAGAGCCAACCUCCAGAAACCCCCUCCCCAAAUGAAGCAAAGAGUGGGUGAAGUGGAGAGACGUUUUCUUGUUAAGUUGCAAAAAUAAAAAAUAAAAAUGGGGAGGGGAUUCCCUGAGGGCCUAUUUCCAUUGAGGGGGAAAUUAUAGAAUGCUGCCAUACCUUACUUGUUACCUUCCUCAAAUCAGGGUUCCGAGGAGACCAUCCGGGUGGUGUCGAUGGACAGGGAUUACCACGUGGAGUGUUACCAUUGUGAGGUAAACCUUGGAGCUUCUCCGGUGCUGAAUAAGGCAGGCUCUUUGGCCUUGGUCUAAGCCAGCCUUCUCCAACUUGGUGCUUGUGCCUUACCCACCCGCCAUUUUUAUUUUUACAGUAUUUCGAUUAGAAAACAUGUCAGGGUGCUUUACAAUAGCUCCUAAAACACAAUUAAAUAGCAAUCUUUAUCAGGAAAAUACUUUACAGCAGUAAAAUGCAGCACUUGAAGCAGCAGCAAAAAUUCAUCAAAGGAUAAAAGGCUGAGGAAACAAAAUGGGCAGCUUUGCCAGUCACUUAAACAUUAAGAUAGGGCCAGGUGAGGUUCCCUGGAGAGAGUUCCAGAAGCUGGAAGCCACCACUGAAAAGGCUCUGUGCGCUGCUUCUACCCUUUAGGUGGCAGGAGAAUCUGGAGAAGGGACUAUGAGAUAGAGUUUGGUGUAUGGUUGAUGUGGGAGAAGACAUCCUCUUAAGUAUCCAUGCCACAAGCCGGCAAGGGUUGUUGGGAGUUGUAGUCCAAAACACCUGGAGGGCCACCAGGUUGGUGAGGGCUACCUAAAUGUGAUUCUUUUCAUUAGGAGUUUUCCCCAGCUGUCUAACAUAUGCAUACUCUUGUUCCUCUUAGGACUGUGGACUCCAGCUCAAUGACGAAGAAGGCCGUCGUUGUUAUCCUUUAGAGGGGCACUUGCUUUGCCAUGGUUGUCACAUCAGGCGCCUCAGUAUGACAGUGCCACCCCACCCUCCCCCUGGAUACCCAAUGCACAUUACUGAACUCUGAGGUGUUUUGCGCCCCAUCAAAUUGCAACCAGGAGGGAGGCCGUUGUUGGCGGGAGAAGAUUUCCACAGAUGACUUGUCAGUUCUUCUUUUAAGAGACAAAGCAGCCAAGUUUAUUUAUUGCUUCUGAGACUGAAAAGAGAGGUGUGCCUCUCAGAGUGUGUGCCUAAAUAAUUCCUCCCAAGACACUGGGUACUUGAAAAAUGAUGCACCACGUGGAUGUAACUGUAAAAGUGCAGCGAGAAGUGUUGUUUUCUGUGCUAUGCUAGGCAGGGCCAUCCGUUCGUCAUAGUUUUGUCCCAUUGUAGUUUGGGUCCCUGCAAGAAUCUUAACCGCUUGCAGCAGUGCUGCAGGAGAAAGCGGAUAAAUACUACAUUUUUAUGCUGGGUCUCAUUGCAUCUUGGCUUGAGGCGUUUUGAGAAACGACCUCACAAUAUGAGGGUCUGGGUGGUUGUUGCAGGAGAGGAUUGGGUUUUGUUUUGUUUUUUUAGUCAUGGUCAGAUUUAAACAUGACUUAAGAGAAAGAAGUUGUUCUGUGGGGGAGAAAUUCAUUGUCUUAGCCCAUGGUGCUUUCAUACAGUGCCAACAAGAGAGAUGUGGAAGAAGCUCUUUGUAGAAUAUUAUAUGAACUGAACCCACUGAGGAAUCAUCGAUGCAACAAGCAUUUUUGCAGGGGGUUUCUUAGAUGUUUGGGAUCCCUUGUGUGAGAGUUCUGGUGCCCAUUAUUUUACCAGUUUAGGGAUGCAGGCCGGAUCCAGUUACAACAUAGUCCAAGACUGCAGGGCAGGUUGAGACCUCAUAGCCUCCUUGAGCUGGCAGGCAACUAUAUAGUUAUGGGCAUAGUUGCUUAUAAUAGUACUAUUGGUGUGCUGGCAGGGACUAAUGGGAGUUGUAGUCUAAAACGUCUGGGAGGAAGGCUGGUGUGAUGGGAUGCAGAAACCUGAAAGGCUGUCUAAGAGCUGAGAUGUUCCCGCCCUGCCUUGUGAUGCUCCCUUGCUCAUUCAAGCCUAAUAAGAGGCAACCAAGGAAUGAGAGUCUCCUGUUUUAAUAUGUCUUUCCUCACAGUGACUUGGCCCUGGCACUCUGGACAUCACUGCCUGCUUACUAGUGGCAGAUUAACAGCCACUAGGGGUGGCUUCCCAGGUCCUCAAAUUCUGGUGUGUGUGUUUUUUUUUUGUUUUUUGUUUUGGUCAGUCUCUUAGGCUUUUACACCAAUUUCAGCUAAUAACUUCAGUCCUCCUGACUAUGCAAAAUUCUACUUGUUUUGCAAUUAUCCUAGAUUAUAUGUUGCCUUUGUUGUGUGUGUGUGUGUGUGUGUGUGUGUGUGUGUGUGUGUGUGUUUAAGGGCAGCAGAUUUAUGGUGUGGUUUCAGUUGCAGGUGGCGGACAUUCUUUUUCCAGAGAGGUCCUUUUGAAUUGGUUUGCUCCAUGCUGGAUUUUUACAGCUUGCCUCUUGAUAAGCUCAACUCUGGAGGUCAAAUUAUUAAUGAUUGAAUCCCCAGCAUUUUCAAACUGAUUUCAGAUUAUUAGGAAACAAGUGGCCCUUGACAAGCACAUAGCAGUUUUCCAAGGAGGCCCCGAGGGGCAUUUGCUCCAUCUCUCCCCUCCUCCCACCCCACUGUUUUUUCAGGCUGAAGUGGGGUCAUGCCACAUUUAAUAAAGGCCAUUUAAACAUCGUGUAAUCGCCUAGAAUGUCUGGCAAGAGUAGCUUGUUUGGAUAGUUCAAUUACAAGAACCAAUGGCGGAAGAUGGGAGUCACUGAUAGAUUUGCCAGUGGCAUGCUGAAAUUUUCAUUUUCACCAAAUCCACCUUGAAAGUCUUUACCCAUCACCUCUCCAGAGACAGUUUUAUGAUGUGCAGACCUACUUGGAGAUGUCCUUGGAGGCCAAGCGGAAGUAAAAACGAUACUUAAUAACAAACACAAAGAGUUCCUUGAAAUGUGCAUAUUUUCCUGUUUUGCCUGAGCUCCUACAAAACACCCAGAACUCUGUAGACUCAUCAGACUUUAUCGACCUUAAGCAUGUUUUAACUGGUUUUAACUUUUACAUGCGGGGGCCAGAUUUCUGUCUGCUGUAAACAGUUGUAUGCUCCAGUAAUUUCAGCAAAACUAAGAAUCUGAUCCUUUCGUUUUCAAGCUGUCAGCCACAACAGCCAACAGAACAUCAGUGUUAUACUUUGAAAGCAAACCAAACCGAACCCCUCAAAGCAGGCUUCACACACCACGUCUGCUAUGGCUGGAGUUGAUGGAAGUUCUGGUCCAACAAAACCUAAAAGGCAUCAGUCAAGGAAGGUUGCCAAACUGUUUUGCUGGAAUUAUACAGGGAAAAAAUAAAUGGCAAAGGAACAGUUUUGAGAUUUCCCUCCCGCCCUUUUUAUAUUAUAAAGUAUAAUGGAUUAAAAAUAUACCUGUUCUCUCUCCAGCAAGGAAGAAAUGCUGCCUUUUUGAACUGAUGCAGGAUAAUGCUUGGGCCCUCUUGGUGUUGGAAACAACAGUCUUGAUCCAGUGGGACCCAGUGGGUUGUGGAGUCUAGUACAUGCCACAACCCGGAGUGAUGGAUGCUCAUCGUAUUUGGAUCCCUUGUACAGCAUGCUUUGUUUCUCGGAGCAUCAGAGGUAGCCAUUGAAGUACCUUCAGAUGCUGUUGGAUUGCAACUCUCAUCAUCCCUGAACAUUGGCCAUACUAACCUGAGCUGGUGGGAAUUGUAGUCCAACAGCAUUUGUGUUGGUUAUCCCUGCUGUGUACGCUCAACAUUGUGCAUGCUUUUCUCCUGUGAUUCUCUGGAUUGGGGCCAGUCCACCUAAAACCAACCUUCCAUCAUUUACGUUGAACUCUCUUCCUCUCUUCCCACCCUAUAACCACAAUGGGAGUUGCAGUCCAGAACAUUUGAAGGCCGCCAAGUCAGGGAAGUCUGUAUUACCCAGUGCCUUGACCAUAUUAGUGGCAAACCUUUUAAUUCAUAUUCCUGCCUUAAUUUUCAGUGAAUAGCACAACAUCCACACUAUGUACAUACACUACUGUUUUUACUGUUCUAAACUGACAUCCGUUGGAAUGGAGUAUUUAAUUUCACUUGUUAAAAAUGUUUCAGGUCUUUUUUUCUUUUCUUUUUUUUACGCAGUUCCGUAUUGUUGUAUAGAUGCUGAACCUUUUUAUUUCUAGCGAGACCAAGUUUGCCCUGUCCAGAAUGCAGUCAUUUUCCAUAAACUGUUUUUCCACAGAAAGCGGAAUUUGAUCACGGCUCAGUGGGCUGUGUCUUGCCAACUUUUUUCUUUCCGUUUUGAAAAACAGAGCUUGUUUAGAUUUCCUUAAUUAUUUUUUGUUAAGAAGAAAGCAUCCAGAAAGCUUCCCACAGCGACUCUGAAAUGGUGUGCACUGAAAUUAGAGUGAAACGUUUUACCUCUUUUCCUUGGAAAGUAUAAAAAGAAACUCCCUUCAAGUUGUUUUUUUGGGGGGUUGCGCAUAGCUCAGUGUGCAGGCAGUCCCAGACUUCUCCAGUUGAAAGGAACAGGUAGCAAGUGAUGCAAAAGGCCUGUGUCUCCCUGUGUCUCUGGAGAAUUCCUGCCAGUCAGGAAGCAACACUGAACUAGAAUAGCCUUUGACAACCUGGUGCCCUUCACAUGGGAGUUAUGGUUCAACAUCUGGAGGGCACCAGAAAGCUGGAUUAGAGGGACAAAGAGUUUGAGGCAGCUUUUUAUGUUUGCUUCGAGAGAAUUCUUAUUUAAUAGGGAUGGAACACUUCUUUCAUUUGUGCCAUAAUAUUUAUUGGUGAUUUUUCCUAUUCUUUCUACUUUCAGUUUUAUUGCUUAGUCUUUGCAUUAAUGAAAAAAGCAGGAAUUUUGCCUUCCACAUUUCUCUCUUGUUGGGAAAUGCAAAAGAACAGCCUACUUGGAAGUUCCACCAUAUCCCUUAAAAUUAUAAGGUUCCAAAGGAAAGACCAAAGUAGUUUUGAAUUUGAAUGAAAAGAGAAUUGCUUAAAAAUAGAGGGUGCACAUUCUGAAAUUCAGAAUUUCAUGAAGUCCAAGAAUUUAAACCAAAGCUCGAGGAAGGCACACAAAAGCUGCUUUCUCAUGCCCUGAGGAAAGUUUGUGAUUCAUCAUGCAACUAAUGCCAUAACUAGAGUAUAUAAUUUGACUUAAAUUAAGUUUUUUUCUUGAGAAUUAUUUUCAUUUUCUUUAAAAGAAUAUAGUUUUUUUUCCAAGAACUUGGACCAAUGUUAAUUUUUAUUUUGUAGGAAAUAUAUUAAAUGCCCAAUUUGUAUAUCGUGUCUAGUUUACAUGCUGCAAAUAUGUUAGUUUAACCUUGUUUGUAUAUAUCAUUCUAAAACCUUCGGCCUUUUAGUUAGUACAUAGAUUGACUUGCCGGGUUUUUGUCUUGUCAUUUGGUUUCCUUGAUUGUUGAAGAAUUAAAGUUGGGAAAUGUAGAUUUAUUUAUCUAAAGAAGCUGCUUGCUAUCGUCCUAAGUUAUUUUAAUAUUAAAAGUCAGAAUUUCAUUUAACCUUAGAUGUUAUAAUCUGCUUUUUUUUCCAAUAAAGACAUUUUGUAGUU